AUGUCGGGUCCUGUAAAAAUUUCCAGUAUACCGGCAGAAUAUAAUAACGACAACAACUUUAUAUUUGUGUACAAUCUCACCAAACAAUGUCUACAAAACUAUACAGGUUUUGAAAAAAAAUAGAAAAAUCAUAAAAAAAAAUACGUAAUAAUAUAAAAUGACUGAUGAAGUCGGUAAUGUGUGAGGUUUUUUUUUAUUUUCAGCAAAAUCGCACAAGAAUUCAUGUCCGAAGACUUUCGACGGAUACGCGUGUUGGGAAGAAACGUUACCAAACACAACAGCUUACGCUCAGUGUCCGUAUUACGUGAUGGGAUUCGAUCCGUCCAGUAAGCGAUUUUUUUUUACAAAAUUAUAUUAUAUAUAGUAUAAUAAUUAAGAAUUAUGGCUGUGUUAAAAAUAAUUUAAUAUCCGAGUUAAAAAUUAUUUAAUUUCAUCUUUUAAGUUUGUUUUUUUUAACCAAUAAUAUAAUUUAUAAUUAUUAGUUUUACAUUAAAAUAAUGAAUGCCUAUCGAAUUAUGUUUGUAACAAGUUAAUUUUAAUUUCAUAUAAUUGCUAAAUUAUAAGCUUACAACCAUAUAGACAUACCUGGACAGUAUCGAGCAUAGCAAACAUUACAUACAGUUUUUUAUUAAAAUUUUGGUUUUACUCAAGAUUGAUUAUAGAAUAUCGAGUUUAAAUUAAAAUAUAGUUUGAUAUUUCCGUCAAAAUGUUACAAAAGAAAUAAAUUCAAAUUCAAAGAUCGGGAGUUCAUUCAAUUUUCAAAUUUAUUACUAACUUUAUUGGAUAAAUAUAAUUAAGUUACCUACCCCAAUCUUGGUGAUAGUGUAUAAAAAAUAAAUUGCAUGUAAUUAUUCAAGUAUAGGUGCUAUACUUCAAAAUAAAAUACGUAAUAAUAAUAACCAUAUAUAUAUUUAAGAACAAAUAUUACCUAUACUCUAAGAUAAUACCAAUAACUAUCUGAUGACGAUAUGUUUUCCGAAAUUUGUAUAUCACUAUUUCAAAUUAAUUUUUGUUUAUCUCGCGCACAAAAAGCAUUUCGUUUUGAAUAUAUUAAUUUGGAUUUUAUCGCGGUGAAAAAGUAAACCCGCCAUAAACAUUUUAGUCUUUUACAAACAAUAGUAUUUUUCAUGUAUACGAGAAAAAAAUUAUAAAUACGUUUUUUUUUUUUUUUUUUCAUUGUAAAGUGCAAUCACGAGAAAAUACAAUUUUCUGCGGUUAUAGAAAAACAAUAUCAAGUAAAAAAAAAACGAAUCUGCCAAAACCAAAUAUACAGCUUCGCUAUGACGUUACUUACAAGUACCUAUAUAAUAUAUCUAACGAAGCCAAACGAUAACAGUUAUUUUAUUUAUUAUUUAUCAACUAAAACAUUGUACACGAUUUAUUUCUUUUCUUUUUUUUGUGAGAAAAUUCUAUUUCAGCUAGGUGAGUUUGAUGUAUUCUUUUUCUGUACAGUUGGAAAACUCCUCAAUCUAACCGAAUUCGGUUUUGCUACUUAUAAGAUUUUUUGAAAUAAUAUAUAAACAAAAUAAUGCCGUUUUUACCGUGUGUUUUACUGGGGAUUGUAAGGGAAAAAAAUAAUAACGUUAUGAUCAAGAAUACAUUCGAAAUAAUCCUUUUUUCGCAAACAUCUCGAUGUAAAUGUGAAAAAACUCCGUAAACAGCAAAACUCCGUCCCUAGAGUCGAAUUUCCCUCAGCUUAUUUUGUUUUAUAAAAAUUUUCUUUGUAAAACAUUGUGAAACCAAAUACUAAAAUAAUGAAAUAUUCUAUUAUAUACUAUAAUACUACACCUUGUGGAAGGAGAUCAAAACUCUCACAAUACACCUUACUCUGUCAUAAAAGGCGACAAAUAAGGUUUCGUUGAUUGUCAGCCGUUGUAAAAUUCUGUCAAACAGUAUGAGGAAUUCUACACAAGACUUUGGUGGAUUUUCGUGAGGACAACAGGUGAAAGGAGGUACCAUGGUGUUUGCAAAUGAUAUAUUUUUAAUAGAAGAAAACGUGGAAGAAGUUAGCAAUAGGAAUGCAGCGUAACAUUUAAAGAUAAAGUACUAAGGAUAAAUAGAAGUACAACUGAGUAUGAGUUUAGAGGAAAUAGGAAAAGAUAGCUAAGAACAAUAGGUGAUUAUAGGCGAGGUUGAGAGCUUUAAUUACCUAGGUUCUUUUGUACAAAAUAAUAAUAGCUUUCAUAAGGAUGUAAAACAUAGGAUUAAGUCUAGUUAGAUAAAGUGUGAAGAAGAGUUAGGUAUUUUAUAUUACAAGAGGACUCCAAUGAAACUUAAAGUUAAGUUCUACAAAAGUGUGGUGAGAUAGUAUGAUUCGAAGGUUUUGACAAUAGACUGAUACUUAGAAUAGAUAAUGAAUAUAACUGAUUUGAGAAUUUUUAGGUUAUGAGUGGAGUUAUUUGAGAAUAUAGGAUAAGGAAUGAGUACAUUAGGGAUAGCAUAGGCGUUGCUUUGAUGGAAGACAAAAUAAAAGAAAAUAGUCUGAGAUAGUUUGGGCAUAUCACAAGGAGAGCGGAAUCUAAAGUAGUAAGAAUUGUAUUGAAAAAUAAACAUAGGAGGAAAGAGAUUAAAAAAACCGAUUUCCGAAAAAUAGUGAAAUUUACAGUAUAAAAAUGGUUGAGAUGGGGUCUGAAAUCUGAAACUUCCUGACGUUAAAGCCAUGAAUAUACUAAUUUUCAUAUCGCCAUUCGGGGUCUGCAGGGGUCUUUAAAUCAUCACCCGCAUUAAUAUAAUGAACCACACAUUGAAUCCCAAUUUGUAUCACUUAAAUCAGUUUAUAAAUCAACUGUUAUUUUUAAAUUUAAGCUAAUUUGGUUGAUAAGAAGCAAAUAAUUGUGUUUAAAAGUACCGGGAAAAGAUAAACAUAUAUAAUAUAUUAUUAGUAUACCGAUUAUACGUAAUGGGUUAUAACGGCCAUUGAAAUAUUUUAAAUGGCUAAUAUUAAAUAAGGGGUGAACUUCCAAAAUGUCCGAUUUUUAGUGUUUUUCACAGUUACAGAGUAUAUAAAAAAAAUGUUUGACUAUAAUGUACUAAAACCACGCACUAACCUAUAUAAAUAAUGUUAUGUUUAUGUAAAGAUAAACUGACAAUAAUAUAUAAUACAGAAUGAUUCACUUAAUUGAAUAAACUGAUUAUCUCGGAAAGUAUAAACUUUUUUGGAAAUAUAUUAUUUUUUUUGAAAAAUUAAGAAACAAUUGGUUUUAAAAUAUUACAUUAUCAUUUUUCUUUUUUUUGUCAACCUUACUUUCAUGGGUGAAAACAACGGUCUACUUUUGAUUUUUAAAUGGCAACCUAAAUUAAAAAUGCCUUAAAUAAAUAGAGUAUUUUCGUUAAAAUAAAGUUUGGUGUUGAAAUUCUUGAUUUCCGUUAACCCGUUGACACGAUAUUCUACUUUUAAAUUUUGGUUAGGGAAAGUAGCGGAGCAUCAUUUGUGUGGUGGCACGGUGCGCGGCGUAUGAAAAGUGCUCCACUACUCUCCCCCCACGAAAACUUAAACGUGGGAUAACUUAUGAAUGGGUUAACGGGAAUCAAGAAUUUCAACACCAAACUGUAUUUUAACUAAAAUACCUAAUCUAUUUAAGGCAUUUUUAAUUUAGGUUGCUAUUUAAAAAUCAAAAAUAAAUAGAUCUAUUAUCCCUGAAAAUAUGGUUGUCAAAAAAAAAAAAAAAAAUAUAAUGUAACAUUUUAAAACUAAUUGUUUCUUAGUUUUUCAAAAAUAAUAUAUUUCGAAAAAAGUUUAUACUUUCCGAUAUUUUAAAUUUUUUCAGUUUAGUGAAUCACCCUGUAUGUAUACAUAUAUAUAUAUAUAUAUAUAUAUAUAUAUAUACUUAUAAAAUAUUGUAUGUCAAUCGUACUCAUCUGAAAAAAGUUGACUGACUGUAGUGACCACUUGGCGUUCUUUUACAAUUUAGGAAACUAAAUAUACUACGACACAAAUUCGCAUUGAAAUCAUGGUUAUUAAAAAGAAUAAAUUACAAAUAUGUGGGUGCAUCUACGUUUUUUUUUUAAUACGGGAAUGUCGCGCCCCAAAAAAUUGUCUCCGUCUUACUAACUUCCAAAACAACGAAAAAGGUAAUGUAACUCGGAACAUAGAUUUAAAAAAAUUGUCAAAAAAAAAAUACAAUCGCUCAAUAAAUCAUAAAAAAGCUACAUUAAACCCUCAAAAAUAUUCUCCUCUAUAAAUUGUGUUAUUUGAGGUUAAAAUCCAAUUUCAAUCUAAAUGUCACAAUUCAAGUUCUAAGUAUAGGAGACAAAAUAUUAUAGAAUUUGGCCGUUUGUAUAUAAUUAAAUAAGAUGUUUUAAGAAACUUUAAGACAUAAUUUUUAUUUUUUCAGGAGCUUACUCCCCCUUUCUACGUGACUAGUUUUGUAAAAAAAAUGUACAAAGUACUUAAAAUACUGAAAAAAGUAGUUAGAAAAAGCACGGGAGGGAAAAAGAAAUGAAAAUUGUUAAAGUUUUCGGAAAAAAAAAUUAAAAAACGAUCCAGGUACUUUUUAAUCUAAAAUGGUGAAAACUUUAUUUCGGAUUGUUUAGAGAUAUUUUUUUUUAAUGCAUAAAUUGUCACAGGUUCUAAAUUAUAAUACGGCGAAAUUUUGUUGUACAAUACAAUACGAUAGGUACCACUGACCUAUUUUGAAUAUAGAAGCCAGAAACUAUUAUUUUUAAAAUUAAUAUAUUUUCUAAAAUAGUUUACAGUCAAAGUUAUGUGCGAUUUUAUUUUUAACGUCGCCGCCAAAUUUACGUAUUCAUAAAUACAAAUUUACGGUGGCCACCGAACAUACGUUGUCAUAUUUCAAGUUCUGCAUAUAAUGACAUUUUUCGUCAUAUGGUAUAUAUAGUACCUUGACCAUAUACUUACCUUGGCAGAUUUUAAUUUAAAAAAAAAAAAAAAAUACAGAAAAUACAUAAAUUAAUAUUUAUAAUACUUGGUUUUAAACCUGACCGGAAAUAUGCCAAUCCAAUUACACGAGGGGGAAAAAAAACUGAAAAAACACAGUUCAGUCGAUUUCCGAAAAUUUAGCACUAUAUUCCGACAAAAACGAUCGUUUCAGUUGUAGCAGUUGAUAAUUAUUAUCUAUUGUAUCCAGUGACAUAGCCGAGAUGAGGGGACUAAGAUGUUGUAUCCUCCUAUUCCAAUUUUGUUAACUUUAUGUGAGGUUAAGGAGUUUGUAGACCCUAUAUACCAUCUAGAACUCCACAGACCACCUUCCUUCUCAUUAAUAAAUCAUGGAUACACAACUGGCUUGUCAUACCCUCUCAUAGGAAUUUCCAGUGUAAAAUCACUGGUUCCAGUACCAACUUAUAAAAACAAAACAAUUAUUAAAAGAAAGCUAAUUGAUUAAUAUACAAAUCAAUAUUUAGUCAUAGAAAUUUAAUUAUAAUAGUUAAAACAGUUUUUUGAUAUUAUCUUAUUUUGUAAUGAUUCCGUUGCAGUUUAUAAAAUAUUUUAAAGAUUUAAAAUAAUAUAUAAUAUAUUUGUAUAUACAUAUAUAUUAUAUUUUUUCAUUUUAAAAAAUUUUUAGUGGCACUCCAUGAGCUUAUUCUGGAGCCAGAAUGAAGUUUAUAUACUUUCUACAAGUUGUUUGGAACUUCCAAUUAGAAAGUACAAAAACACGUUUAUACAAACGAUUUUCUCAACUAUGACGGUUGCUGUCGCCACCGCCUUGCCUCGUAAUUAACAUUAUUCUGAACAAUAUUUUUUCUUGGGUAACACCGAAAAACUUUCACUUGACUCAUCGAAACCUCGAGUACUGCAUGAGUAUACUCAUUUAUUAAAUUUUAAAGGCGGUUUAUUUUUCGGCUAAAUUAUCGCCCGUAAUUAAAAACACGACUACCUAUAUGAAAAACUGUGAGAUUAUGAUACAUCUGUUUUUGACAACAAUACCUGACUAUUUUCGGCCCGUACCUAGUUCGGUCACUAAUAAUCGUCUUUCAAAAACACAAUGAUUGGUCGACCCGUAUUGUAUUAUAUUAUUAUAGUCUGUCCGGUUUCACAAAAUAUAUCUAGGUAAGAGGACGAUUAAUUAACACGAAUUUAUAAUAACUUGUCAUUUCCCAUUCAGUUUCCAAGACGUUUGUGCAGAUUUCGAAAGAUUAAACGUAUAUAUAUUUUAUAUACGCAAAAGGUUGAAACUGCUAAUGAGUGUGCCACUGUUUUAGUGGGGGGGGAGGAAUUAGAAGAAAGGAUAUAUAGGGUAAUUUAAUGUAUAUCUGCUGCGCGCAACGAAAAAACAGUUGCUAAUAAGAAAGCGAUUCUGAGCAGAAUAUAAUUAUUCGUAUUUUUUCCUCGUUGAUUGUUACCAAGCUAAGACAGAAAAUCUCAAAAAUUAAAAAAAAUUCGAGGAAAAGCCAAAUAUUGCCUCUUAUACCUCUUAAAUGUAACAAUUAGAUAAAAAUAGAUACAAAAAUGCUAAAUGAAAGUUGUUAUAAAGCUUUAAUUGUUGCAAGAUUUAUGAUACGAAAUUUGUUUACAGACCAAAAAAAAAAAAAAAAAACAUAUGCAUCAUAAUAAAACUAACACAUGUCCCGCUUCGCUCAGAAUCUUGGAAAAAUAUGAUAAGGACAAUACUUAUAGAUUUAAGAUUUGAAAUUAGAUAUGCGAAACUAUUUUAAAAUGCUGGAGAACACAACCUGACUUAUAACAAGGGACACAGUAAUAAUUGGACAAAACACUUCAAAUUAUCGUUUUGUGUCUCGAAACCAAGCUGUUAAACUAUCUGCAGAAAUCGAAGCAAGCUGCUGCCGCGCAAGAGAGACCACAAAGCGACGAAGACGACAGCGAUGUCACAGUGUAAGAAAAGAACAAAUUCUAUUUACUGCACGAAGAACAGCGUAUACUUUGCGAUUAAAUUAAAUUUCGAGAUUGUGACUUUGAUCCGACCCGUUGGUGAAGCGAACUUCUGGUUGGCGUCGAAAAUAUACGCGUGUAGAUAUUAGUAUACUACGCGGUGGUAUGUUAAUGAAAAAUGCUCUCGGGAAUUUACACCACACACUAUAUGUAUCCCACGCAUAUUGACCGGAUAAAACAUUUUUGAACUUUCCGUGUGCAUAUAUGUAUGAUUUCGGUUCGCCCGAAAAGUUUAACUUAGUGGACGAAUGUAAAUAAUAGUUCGUGUCGUCAUCCGAACUUUCACGGUUUCUUUUUUACGUCUAAUGCGUUUGUUUCGUUAAAUGAUUUCGCACGUUCACGAUUCGCGUUAGGUAUACAUAAUAUUGUAUUACACGAUGGGUUUUAAUUAGGUAUAUUAUGUUCGGAGAGUAUCGCUUAAAAAGUACCCUUCUAUGCGGCAUUGUAUAAUUGUAUAUGAAUACAUUAUUUCAGAAACAAUUGUACAACUAUCUGACCGACUGAAUUACUAAAAUUGUAUUCAAUUAAAAUAUAGAGUUUACGAAAACGAUGUUGGCCGCGUGUAACUACAACAAAAAAUUUUUCGAAAUGAAGAAAUUAAUAAUAGAUUUAAUAAAAGAAAAACUUCAGAAGGCCAGGCUGACGGGAGGAGACGAAGACGACGGGAUGUUGUGCAAUAAGAAAAACACGGGAGGAAUUUUUCGCUCGUCCGACUAAUAUAUAAUAUACAAAGCAGGGGUGUGCGGGGGUGAAGAACUAAAGCGUUAUUAUAUUUUACGAAACGCGAGAUUAACAUCAUAGGUAACCUGAAAAUGAUAUUUUUGUAUUACUGAAUUCUCAUAAUUUAAUUUAUAAGACAUUUUUUGGCAAAAAGAAUUUCCAAAGUUAACUUUUACACUGCGGUAGCCAGGUAGCUUUUUAUAUGAAAAUUCUUGCCCUGAAAAUAAAAUGUUCAAUUACCAGCAUUUACUAACGGAUCACUAUGUGUUGCAGUUAUUUCAACUUUAAACAUUAUGUAGAUGUAUCGUAGAUUUGCCAUAUAGCGUUGAUCUCACACAUUUAUAGGUUAGGCUUUGAAAAACAAAAAAAAAAUGUAUCCAACCAAAAUAUAUAGAAAUGAAAUAUUAUCACUAUUAAAUUUAUAGUAACUUAAAUAUUCCAUUCUUCUAUGUACGAGUGGAAAACUCGUUUACGGCACGUACUCUGAAAUCUGUGCGUGUGUGGAUUUUUUUUUAAACAAAUGUUGUUUGUUUUAAAAAAAAAGAACGAGUGACAAAACCAACAUAAUAUAAUAUUAUUGGAAAUAUGUCGUGAUUGUUUUCGCCCCUGGCAAUAAAAAAUGGCUUCAAUCGAAAUUAAAUACACUGAUAUUUUUCGCAUUAUUAUGGCAGGUUUCUCGGCUCCCCGAAAAAUACGAGAAAACACGCUGCCGUUCGAUAUAAAUAUUACAUACGGACGACGAAAAACUUCUUGAGGAAUUUCCUGUCGAAACUCUGAUAAAUCAAUUGAACAUAUUUCGUUAUUGAAUUUCAAUAAAAUAUAAUUUCGUUGGACCACAAUAAAACGCGCAGUGUUUGUAGAAUGAAAACUAUUUCAAAAAUGUCGAAGGCGACUGCCUACGCGUCUAGGAUCCGAAAUGCGUUGUCCAGUAGGUAUUAUUUAAUUCGGGCUCGCGUGUAGACAAUAUUUAAAAAUAGAUAGGUAGUUGAAAAAAAUGAUCAACUUAAAAAUAUUUAAAUUCCCUUUCAAGAAAAAUUACCUGAACUCUACUUGUUUUUAAGACGCCAGAGAAUGGAGAAUAAAAUACAAAAAAAAAACUUAAUUGACUUUUCCGGGAACAUAUUUUAGACGAUCAAAAGUAGACUGGACAGUUAAAGUCUACUGCAGUAGACAAGACACAAUUGGUGAAGUGAAAUUUCACUUUUAUGCACAACAAUGGAAGAGAAAUCUGAAAGAAAAAAAAACCUCUUGAAAGAUCUUAUGUGGAAUGAUACGAUGUGGUGGAGAAGGACGUGAAAUAUUUAAAAAAGAAGGACCAGACUACAAAUUAAAAUUAGCUUACGGAGAGACCCCAGAAAGAAGAAGAAAUUUGGAAUUAAUUUCAACGAAAAACGUUUCCAUGGAAAAAAAUACCCUUCAAAAUAAUUUUAGAGAUAAUACCGAUUUUUCUAAAUAUUUUAUAGAGGACAAUAUUUCCGAGAGGUAACUUCGUAAUAGUAUUAUGUGUUUUGCAUGACCUGCGAUGUAAUUUAUUUUCAAAUAUCUGCACCUAUUUUCACCCGAUUAAUACUUCGAAAAACGCAUUCUACUAUGGAGUUAUACUUUCUAGCAAAAAAUAUUGUCCACACUGUAUUUGAUUUUCUUAUAAUGUCAGGUUUUUCAUCGCGGUAUAUUUUCGACUGUUUUGUGUGUAAUCGUAUCCAUAGUUUUUACCGCUGAAAACCAUCCGAUAACCAGCUCUUUUAAUCAUUCGAGUCCAAAACGUUCACUACACCUCAUCAUCUGUUACUAAUGCAAUAACAUAGAAACUUAAAUCGUAAUAAUAUAUUAUAUUCUUAUAUAAUUCCGAGUCGGACAUCGGUCGUCUGUCUCCCGACAGAUAACGCUAUGGUAUUGUUAUUAUUGUUAUUAUUAUAAGGUACCUUACGUGUAUACUCGGGUUUUGAUAUAUUAUUAUUACGAUCUCGUGAUGGCCACCUCUUCUUAUUUCCAGCGUUGCAGCGAGUGUUGACCCCAUAUUAAAUAUAUAUUAAACAAUAAAUAUAUUAGCUACGACUAUCUCUCAACAAUAUACCACACAUAAAACGAAAUGAAAAAAAUGGACGAUUACCUGGGUGUGUGUGUGUGUGUGUGUGUGUGUUUAUUGUCAUCAGUUAGAAUUCGGAAAAACGUAUUGCCGAGAAGGGAAAUAGAUAUGGUUUCGACGGUCUCAACAUUCUAAACUUAAACCUAUAAAAAGCACGAGUCCUGCUUUAAUUAUGAUAUUUAUAAUACUCCUCUCAAACCGGGUUAAAGAUUAAAAAUAAAGUCAAAAUCAGAGUAGGUUUUUUUAAAAUGAAUAUUAUCGAGGUGAAUGUUUGAAAAAUCACUACUUUGCUCGAAUAUAUCAAUAUUAUUCGAUGAAUAAAAAUGUAGAAUAAAAAUAAUUAUUCUUCGUCUAUAACACAUAUAAUUAUUAUUAUAAAGAACGCAAACGCUUAAAUAGAAAAUAAAGCCAAUUGUAAUUAACGUAAAUACCACCAAAACGCAUAGGAUUAAUUUUCGUUUUGUUUCAAAUAAUUUAAAUAUAAUGCGAAUUAUGAUCAUGGUGCAUCAUAAAAUAAUUAUUUAGACAUCGGUAUAUAGAAACGAAAGAAAGUUUUGUUUGUGCAAUUAAAAAAAAAUUCAUUGUUGAAAUUUAUAAUAAAAAUUAUAAUAUAUUAUUUUUUAAGGUUUUUUUUCCCCGAAAUAAAAACGUCUCUAUUGUUGUACCGGACAGCCGGCUAAAACGACGAGGAAUAAUAUUAAUUUAUUCACAGCGAGACAAAAAAAAACAAAAACAAAAACAAGAAAUAUCAUCAAGAUAAUUUUGUGUAAAAAUAUUAUUAUAAUAUAGGUACGUAUGUAUAUAAGUGUAUAUACGAUACUCUUGACGGAAGUAACCCAUUUAAAAAAAUUGUUAUUGUCGACUUUAAUAUUAUUACCAUUAUUAUUAUUACUAUUAUUAUUUUUAUUAUUAUUAAUAUUAUUUUCUUUUGUUAUCCUGUACACGUUAAACAAAUAUGAGAAUUUAAUGUUUUGUAAUGUUCAUUUAGGAUAUGUUGAUGAAAAUUGUCGAUUAGGUUAUUCUUUAGGGAGGCAGUUUUUUGUUUUAAAAUUUGAUACGUCGAAAAUAAAUGCAAAUGUAAUGCAGUUAUUUCAAUAAAUUUUAUUUUAUCAUCAUUUUGGAGAUCUUAAAAACUAAAAAGACAGACAUUCAUCACAUGAAGGAUGGACCACUGUUGUAGAUAAAACAUUGAAAUGGUAGGAUAUAGUGGAUAAUUAAAUGUAUGUUUAUAAUCAAAGCUAGCGGAAUUCGGUUAAUAGUAUUACUCAAUCAACAAUAUAUUAUAUGUCAUAUUAUAGUAAAACAAAUGUAUAUUGAAUAAAAUGAAUUACGCAGUAAACACAUAUUUUUUUGCAUUUUUUUCCCUGUUACCUACCCGACGUGGUUUUGCGAAAUAAAAAAUGUCCGAACUCAGGUUUAGACUUGCGAUCUCUGUGAUGAAAACUGGUACGUACCUAGCACCACUAGACUAAGACAGACCUACUAUAAAAUCGACAAUCUUGAGUUACUCAUAUUUAAUGUAGCAUAUUAUAAUAACCACAUCAUAUUAAAACUUCAAAAAGUUAUAAUUUCGAAAUUAAGUCAGUCCGUUCAAUUGUGACCUUAUUAUAGUUCUUAAAUCGACAAUAUACACAAUAUGUUUAAAAAACCAAUAACUAGGUAUGUUCUUUAUCAUUUUUACUCAAAACAUUCUUCAUAAUUUGAUAUCAUAAUUUCUUUGUAAUUGAAAUGCCUCUAAAUAACUUAUUUAAUAAGUUUUCUGUCCAAAUUUCACGUAUAAACGAAUAUUUUUAAGCGAAUCAUUGCAAAAAAACUAAAAUGACAGUAAUAAAAGCAAAAUAAAUAAAUAUAAUGAUUUUCAUAAAUUUUCCCGUUUUUCUUAUGUUCAAUUCCGGGUUAUCUCAGGUAUUAUUAAAACCGCUUGAAAAAUCAAAAAAUGGCCUCCUUAAAGUAUCACCUAGAACAAAUUUUGUUUCAAAAAAGGUACCACACUUACAUAUAAAAGCAAAAUUAAUGGUAGAAAUUUUAAUCACAGUAUAAAAAAAAAAUUAAACAUCAUUGUAAAACCAAUAUAUUCUUCGCUACAUUGAGAAUCUAAAAUGAAAAAGCAACUACUCAAAUAAUAAUUUAGACAAUUUGUCAAAUAAUUCAUACAUAUUCGAAAAAUCAAUGUGUUAAAUUUUCCAACGUUUAUAAGGCCGUCUUUGUUUUGACAUUAUGGACCGAUUUCGAUAAUUCACGGACCACCUAAAUAUGUUUUAUACUUUUUUUUUUUUUUAAGAAAAAAUGUUUUGAUGGCCACCAAGUACGGAUAGAGAACCACUGGUCUAAAAUGUAUUAAAAAUAGGUGUGUUCCAACCACCUUAAUUUCAUAUAAUUAUACUAUUAUAAUAGUAUAAACCGUGUAACUGUGAAGAAAUAGAUUAUUUCGACUUUACAUUACGGUUUGAAAAUUUAACUGUUUUAAUUUCGAAAAAGUCUUUCAUUUACUAAUAUUAAAAUAAUAACAGUAUGAUUCCAAUGUCCAGAAUAUAUUAAUUUUAAAAUGACUAUUAGUUCUGCAAACAUACAUUUGUUUUUUAAUUAGAAAUAAUUCAAUAAAUAAGAGUGUAAUAAAUGAAUUAAUCGUAAUAAUAUGCUUUUUUUUCAGUUGUGAGUAUAGUGAAAAGUUAUUAGUUAUCGUUAGUAAAAAUUCUCUGAUUGUUUGAUGGUAUUCCUCUAGACAUACGGAUUUUUUCGCCCGAUAGCAACGGUACGUAUAAUUUGACAAUUUGUUUUGAAAUUUUCAGCAGUUCACCGGUAAAGAUUUCAUUUCUGUUUUUUUAUAUCAUAAUCUUUUAAUUUUUUUUUCAAAAUAUAUGUAGUUCACGUAUAUCAUCGCUACUAUACAAUAUUUACUGUUCUUUUGAUUGGGAAAAUUGUUAAGGUGUAUAGUAAAUACCGCGGAUCUAUUGUUUAUUUCGUCUUUUGUGUUUCACGUACAAAAAUAUAAUAGAAUACUUUUAGAUUCCGAGCAUAACGAGGGAGAUAUUGGUUUUACUAAAAUAUUUAUUUCUUUUUUUUUUUUUCUAGAUUGUGGACACGUUUUUUUCUAGUAAUUUACUACGAUCUUUAAAUAUAGCAUUUUUUCUGAAUGCUCGAGUUGUCUAAAUAGUACUUUAAUGAGGUAAUUUUUUAAUUUUCAAUGCCAUUUUUUAAAUAAAAUCACUUAAGUGAGAAAAAGGUAGGAAAACGUACAAUUUCACGAUUUUAUUAUUUUAAAAAAAUAUAAAAUUAUAAAAACGGACUACGAAAACUGAUUUAAUCGAAAAAUCACAAGAUAUCUUUUUUGUGGAAUUUUUAAUUUACUUUCUUACGGUACUUUUGCCAAAAAUGUUGAGCCUCUUUUGAGCUUUUAAGAAAUUUUAUUGUUUGGUAUUUUUUUUGCUGUAAUUCGGUUUUGAAUACACAUAGAUACUUGAAACUUGGUAAUAAUAAUAAUAUUUGAAUUACCUAGACAUGGUAAAGUAUCCAGAAUCAUCGGACUACUUUUUUUUUUUUUACCAAGCGUUUUGAAAUCAAAUUUAAAUAAUCGCAAAAAUAUUACAGUUCUUAAAAUUAUGUAUUGCCGAACUACGCCCGUCGCUCGGAAUUGUCUUUCAUCUAACAAUAGUUUAUCGUCGCUUCCAGAUAUAAAUGAAAUAACCUUAUAUAUCUUACUUUCCCACUUCUUACAUACAACAGAGGUCACACCCGUCCUUAGUAUCAGCUUUUUUUUUUAAAAUUUAUAUUUUUUGAUGGGAUGAAGUUAUACCAAUGUGUAUUAUACCAAUUAUAUUAUGUUUGUUUACAUUUUAUUUUUAAAAACUUUUGACAUUUUUGGAAUAUGCUAAUAUUAUAUAUUGUGUAAAGGUGUUUUUCUAACUAUAAAACAAGUUUAAAUCUAUAAAGUUUGGAAUAUCUAUUAAAAUAUUUUGUGUAGGUUCUAUUAUGGAUAUGAAGAAACAAAAUUGAAUAAAAACAAAAAAAAAAAACUUUCGCACUCAUCUAUUUUUUUUUCACCGUAUAAACUUAUUCGUGGUAUGAGUUAAUUAAUUCAUUUCUUGUUUUUAUUUUUUUUAUUUCGGUCAAGCAUAAUUAUCUAGAUCAGUGUUUUCCAACCUUUUUUUUUAUCAACGCCUCUUUCAGAUUUUUAAAAACUCACGCCCCCCUCCCUCUAAUAAAUUAUUUAAUUUUUAUAAUCAGUUAUUUGAUUAAAUUGUUAAUAAAUAUUUUCUUUGCAUUUUGUAUUCUGACAUUUUAUUAUUAUGAUAAUAAGUAUAACUAAAAUAUACGCACAAUAAAUUAUAACUUCAUGUAAUAAACAGAAAUUAUAGUAACAUAAUUAACAUAAUUAGUAGAUAAUUAUUAUCGGGAAUAUCUGUAUAAAAAUUGGAUUAAACGAAACUUAUCAGCAUCGAUAAUAUAAUAUAAUACCUUGUUUAUUACAAUUUCGCUGUUAUUGUAGUGUGUUUAAAAUAUUAAAUAAUAAUUAUUUAAAUAAUUUUUUAUUGUACACAGAUGUACAUUUUAUUGCAAUAAGUUAUGAAUUUGCUAUUAAUAUUUGAAUAAUAAUAUAAUUGCUUUUAAUUGUAGUGAAUUAUUUUUAUAAUGAAAGUGACAGUAGAAUCGCCCCCCCUCUUUAGCGCCUCCUUACGUAAAAAGCCUUCCUCAAAAUUAAAAAAGCCUACAAGGACGUUGAGAAUCACUCAUGUGAAUGAUCCAGCAAGACUGCACGAUAGCUGUAUCACCAUCACCGGUUUAUAUAUUUUUUAAUAACAAAAUGUAUACAAAGUGUAAUAUACGGGAUAACUGUGGACGAAUUUUUUUUUACUCUUGACGUGCUCGUAAACUAUUACUUAAAAAAAAAAAAACCUAUUAAAUAAUAUCUAUUACGAAUGUGUAAACGAUCGUCUAUAUUACUAUUAUCGUAUCUGGAGCGAGACGCAUAAAUGUUUAUUGGGUAUUUCGUGUAGGUAUAUCGCAUACCAGAGCUUAUUAUUAAUAUUUUUAUUUUAUUCAUGUACUCGUAUAUAAUAUUUACUUCCAGAAAUGUGUGCACGUCACGCAUUGAGUUAUUUAUUUCGAUCAUACGUACUCCUGUUGGCUAACAUACCGUAAUCUUAUUCUGAACUUCUAGAGGAGAAUCGUUUCGAAGAUAAAAUGUUAUCCAGUAGGUGCGUAAGUAGACCAUUAUUUUAAUUUGCAUUUAUAUUUUCUUCAUAAUUGAAAAACAACGUGGGAAAAAUAGCUUUUUUAAGACGUGCUAAAAUUUUCAAAACAUUCUGGUGAUUUUUUAAUAAUUUAUAAGUAUUUAACAUUAUCAAAUUUUUUGGUUUUUAUUUGGUUUGAUGUGAAUAAAAUUGUGUUGGCAAAACAGAAAUGUUUGAACAUUUUACACGAAAUUUAAUUUAUAUUCAAAAAUGAUUGAAAAUGAGCGUUAUAAUAUAUUUGUUCACACAGGUCUUAAGUUCUUAUUUUGACAGUAGCAUCUACAUGUUAAAAAUAUGCAAAAAAAAAAGAAUAAAAUAGGAAAAGUAUUGUUAAAAAAAAAAAAACUACUUUAAACAUAUCAAAAUAAGCAAAAAAAAAAAAAAAACACCUUUUAAUUUUAUAUUUUAACGAAUUUAUUGUACCGUGGUAUAGGUAUUAAUUUUCAAAGCACUUUUAGAUUUAAUACCAUAGAAAAACAUAUUGUUAAUUUUAAAUCACCCUCGUCGCGUUUUUUUUUUCCGAAAAAUAUAGACGGAUUGAUAAACCGUCGAUUCAAUCGUCUAAAGUGAAAAUUAAAAACGGUGAUAAACCAUUUUAAAAAUAAAAAAAACAAAACAAUAAUUGAAUAAUAAUAAAAUGGAUUUGAUUAAUGACUCGCGCGCAGUUUACGCCGCAAACACUUAUAACACAACCCAUCGCGUCUUUUCUUUUAAAACGAUAUAUUUUUCUUAGAAAAAAAAAAAACAAUAAUAAUACAAUAGGUUAUGUAACAAUCAUAGUAUAAAAAUAAUAAUAAUAAUAAAAAACAUAUUUUUUUCGUACUCGUAUUUUGAAUAUUUCGAUGUGCGGAACUGCGAAGAUUUCAAGUCGUAUAGAAACGAUUUUGAACAGUACUGUAACGCUUCUCGAAUCUGAAUAUAAAAAUCUGUUAUUCGUACAAUAUCGUCAAAGCCUAUAGGUAUUAUAGUUAUGUCUAUAAAGUGAAAAAAAAAAUAUACGUUUUUGACGUUAAAUUUACCGCGAACGUAUCGAGUCGAAUUCCUGGCAACGGAAUCGAUCCGUAAUAUUCGAAAUACCUAUAUGAAUACUGUAAAUAAAAAAAAUGAAAAGUUAAUAUGUUUUCGAUUUUAUUCUUACGCGCGUACGUAGAACGACGGUCCACGUGUAUUUUUUUGACUUUUUUUAAAAACAGGAGAAAAUAAUAUACGACGCUGAAUCCUGAACGUAUAUUCACAUUUUCUUCAUCUCUUGGCCUACACCACGCGAUCGGAGUAAGCUAUCCUUGUUCUCCACGUUUGUUUAUUUGUCCAUCAUUGUACAAUUUUCUUGUAUUUUUUUUCCACUUGCCUUAAUUUCCCAUUCCUCUGGCCGUUUUUUCUCAAGAUCGAGAGAAUAAAAACAAACAGAAGAAAAUUUAGUGGAAAACAAAUAAAUCUAGAAAUAAUAUAUUUAUAUAAAUAUAAUAAUACCGAAACAUAAUAAUCUGCACGCGUUAUUUUUUUUUUAAAUGAAAACUUACCAUAUUUAAAUUUCUUUCAACACUUCUUGACUAUCCCACUUCACAACUUCUUUGCUUCUCUAGUACAUCGCGUGAUAGAAAAGACGCAUUUUGGAAAAGUGGUUGUAGGAUGACUUUUGAGGAACAUAUUGUUUUCCUGUAUGAUAAAAUUGGCCCAGAUAAGUUAUUGGAUGACCUAAAGUAAAAGCACCACGAGUUUUUAAUGUAAACAAGACACGCUAGUAACAUAUUUUUAUAUAUAAAAGAAUUGUUUUUAUCAAACUUUGACGAAAAUUAAAAAUAUUACUUUACAGCAUUUUAAAACAUGUAUAACCGAACUUCGUUCAGAAUGUUAUUUCGUUAAUAAUGACUUAUCGUUGCAUAUAUGUGUAAAUUAAAUAAUUUUAUGUGUCCUACUUUCCCAACUUUCUAAUUUUCCUCACAAAUCAAUAAGCCCAAAGAAAUACGAUUUGUGUCGUCACAAAUCGUCAUCGAGUUGAGGUAGAUGGGCGGUUUUAGUACAGGAGACGGAUUUUCACACUUGUUAACUAUUUCGUAAGAUACGCGCGUUUCCAGUGUGUAAGAUCAUCCCGUUAAACUCGUUUCAAACAUUUUUUGAACGAGUUGUCGCGUUCAUAGUCGUAAAAGUGCAGUGUAUAUUUAAAAUUGUUUAUACACUCAGAAACACGUGAUGCGGAAUAAAAAUUAAAGUAUUCGCGCGCGAAACUCCAUUAAUUCACUCGUCGAUUGACAUUUUCUGAGGAGAGUACGAAAAUAUUUAUAUAAUAAUAAUUUUUCCAUGACGGUUUCGCACUAUAUUAAUCACGCGGUCAUUAAUUAUUAUUAUAGUGAUACUACGAGAUAGCUGAUAUUAAUUGUUUUUUUUUUUUUAUUUUUUUUUUUUUACUUCGUUUUGCUCGUCCGUUGUUUUAUAAUACUUGUACACAACCUCUAGAAUAAUUAUGAUUAAUUCUGUUGGUAAAAAAAUUUUUUUUUUCAAAUUCAAACGAACGCGCGGUAAUUGUGAGCAUUUAUUUUACGCAUUUAUCGAAAUCGACAAUAAUAUACAAGCCCGACGGUCUUCGACCGAUGGGGUUGUAACCUGAUUUCUGUAAGUCACCAUUCAAUAAUUAUCAUACAAAAAAUAAUAUAUUGUGCAAAUUAGUGUUUAGAUGAUUUGCUUUUGACUGAAUGUUUCAAUGAAAUAAUAAAUUCAAAUUACGUUGUAUAAAACAACGCGUAAUUAUAAUAUACAUUAAUCAGCUAGAAAAUUAAACUUUUUCUUUUUUUUGAAUCGUCACUACAAAAUUGAUAAUUGAAUAAAUGGGUCACAACUCGCGAGUCAAAAAAAGGUCAAAAACGUUUGAUGUAAAUAGAAACAUGGUGGACGUUUUAUAAAGACACGUCAACGGCGUCAGUUUAAAAAAAAAACCCAUCGACAAGGAGGACAACAUUAUGCGUUAUGCAUAAUGUAUUAAAGUAUUUAUAAUAAUUAAUAGUAAUGAUAAUCAUAAUGACGCGUUGAGAGUUUAAUUUUAUUUCGUGUUAGAAUUAGUCUUAAACAAUUGUAUUUGAGUAUUAUUUUACGAGACGGAACGCGCUAAAGUUACACUUGGUAAACUGAUGGUAUAACGAAUGUAAAUAAUUGAAAAGCAGUUUUCUGUUUUUUUAGUAACAAAUUAGUUACCUAUGUCAUCAAUGGUCUUUGAUUUACAAAUGACACGAUUACAAAGAGCUAUUCAAUGUUUCAUUUGAUUUUUAAAUAUCGGUUAUAUUUUUGUACAAAUGAGUGCGAUUCAUAAUCUAGCACUUUUCAAUAGUAAUUUCAAUAUCCAUUGCAAAUUAAUCACUCGAUAUACACGAGGAAUAUUUUUUUGAAAGUAUAUUAUAUUCAUGAGUCAUGACAAUAAAAAAAAAAAAAAAAAACCGCACUAAAAUAUUCACACUGCAUCAUAAAAUAUAAUUUGGUUCUCAGUACCGUAAAAAUAAUAUAUUAUAAAACAAUAUUAUUAGGUAGUCAACUGUAUGACAAGAGUAUUUCCAUAAGAUAUAAGAACUCACAAUUUAUGUAUUAAAAGGUAAAACCGUCUUUGAUUGACCCGUGGAAAUUUUGUAAUGAAAUAUUUGUUUUGGCCAUGAAUUAUUUAUGAUGUAUAGAACAAUAAUUUGUGAUUAAUUUCAAAUAUUUGUUAUAUUAUCGUAUAAUUAAUGACGUGAACGAAAAUAUUUUAUGGGCCAAUCAAUAAAAUAUUCCCGAAAUAUUCACCAAACUUUAGAUUUACACGCGAACUAUCGUUAUGGUUUUACACAAUGACAUAUUAUUUAUAGGUUACCAUUUUUUCAAUUAAUUUACAUACUAUAUAAAUUAAGAAUUUAUAAAAUAUUAUAAAACAUCAGAUAUCAUUGUUAUUAUUUUCGGUGGAAUGGUUGUUUUAUAAUAAUUAUUUCGAUUGCAACGUUUGUGUCCCUAGAAUAUUUCAUACUGAUUUUAGAUUAAAAAAAGAUAUAUACGUUAAUUUAAAUUUGAAAAAAAAAACGUAAAUACACGAAACAAGUGUUGAUUGACCGGGGGCUGAAAAACAAAAACUUUAUUGAUUAUCGUACCUACGUUCAAAUGACGGAAUAGAGAUACGUAUUCGAUUCGUUUUUUAUGAAACAUAAUGUAUCUACCUGUUUUUUUGGUCCUGCGAAAAUUUAAUUUUCCUGAAUCUUUUUUUUUUCGCACAUUUAAACAAUUAUUUAUAUGAACACGUUUGAAUACCCAGACGUAUACCUACUGUUCUGCCUAUUGAAGUUGAUAAACUUCUUUAUUAAGGUGUCCUCCGAAAUUCAGCGAUAACAGAUCAAAAUGAUAACAUACAUAUUUUCAAUACUCAACAGUAUUUACUCUUGGAUCUAGUUCAGAAAUAGUUCCAGUAUUCGAGUUUAACGAUUUUUAUGAUUUACAUUUCUUAUUAGUUCUUAUUUGUCGUGAUUUAAAUUUUUCCUAUGAGUAAGGUACUCACAAAGUAAUAUCUUACUUAAUAGAAAAAUUGUAACAACAAUGAUCCAAUUAUUAUUAUACUUAGUUUUUCCUUGUCUGUCCUUGUCUUUCCCCGUAGCUCCCCGUUUACACCCCUUGCCCAUUAUUUAAUCAUUGUCUCCGAUAAUUUUUUUUUAAAGGUAGUAUUUUAUUGUUUUUUCCAUCCAUAUCACCAAUUGUAGAUAAAAUAAUAAUCAACCAAAUUAAUUUAGUCUUUGUGCCAAAAGUAAUAAAAAAACUCCGUGUGAGCCACCCUUUAAAAGUUUAAUUGAGGAAAUUCUCUAUGUAUUUUUUUAGACCUUUGUAUGGCCGUACAUCACGCAUAUACAAAUAAAAAAAAAUAGACAAUUAUUUUUAUUAAUAAAGAUUCUGCGAUAUGACUGUUGGUUAGCUUUACCUAAAGUGAAACCGAGAGCAUCGUUAUCGGCACAUUAUUAUACGUAUUUUACACUCUGUUAAUUUAUAUUUUACAUUAUGUGAUAAUAUACACGAUAAUAUUCUAUCCUAUCAAUGGUGUUCUUAUUAUUCCAAUAAUACCACGCGCAUAAACGUAUUAUAUUAUGUUAAUUUUUUUAGUAGUAGGCGUUUACCGUAUUGAAUAAAUCGAAACAAUAUUCUGUAAUAUAUUUUUUAAAGUGUAUGUAAUAUUAUAAUAACUCUGUCGUGAAAAAUAUUUGAAUUUAAAUCGAAUUUUAUUUAUUGAUAAAAAAACUCGGUUUGAAGGGCGCAUAUAUGAGUAAUACGUACGGGCCAUGAACAUUUUUUUUUUUUUUUUAUAGUUAACGAAUAUUUUAUUUCCGACUCGAUGUAAAACAUAUAAUCGAUUUUACCAAAAUGAGUAGUUCUUCAUAUUAUAGUGGCAUAAUACAGGUAUAAUAACACAGGGCGAUUAUUUCGUCACGGAUCGCCAUGAUUAUCUAAAUUUCAAAAUCACUAUAAAAUGUCGGUCGCGAUUUGAAUAUUUAAAGGCAACAGUAUAUACAUAGGUACUCGAAUGUCCUUCAUGUUGAUGGUAGGUAUACGAAAUAUGAAUAGAAUGGAUCGACUGGAAAAUAAAUCUGAAAACAAAUUUACACAAUGUAUUCGUGGUGCGCUCACAACCUCACACUUUAAUUUUAUAUCCCCGUGAAAAUUCGGAAAUUUUAAAAAUGCCGUAAUGUGUGAAAAUAUAUAUAUAGGUAUUUAAAUUUAAAAAAAAACCUGUUAUUGCUGAGUGGGUUCACUAUACCACAAGAACUCCAUAAUAUACCAUAUUAUGGUAAUUCUUGUUUACAAUUUUCGAGAAGAUAAACAAUAUUUGGUGUCUUAUAAAACUAAAGAAAAAUUAAAAAAGACGGACAUACUUCGCACGUGUGUGGAACACUGUUAUAGGUUAAAAGUUAGAAACGUAGAUCUUACGAAAAACAAUCCUGAGCAGAGUUCGAUUAAUAGUGUUGCUUUGUCAACAAUAUAUAUGUCACAUUAUGGUAAAAUAAUUACAUAUCUAUGCAUUAUCAUGGCUAAAUAACUAGGUAUGUCAGCAAUACGUACAGCUUUGGUUGUAUUGUUUCUUUCAUGGAAUAAAAACUGUAAUUAUGACAUCAACUGCAAAGGAUUUUCAAAUUUAGGAAUUGUGAGAUAUAUCAUAUAGGUCCAUAGACGUAUAAAUAUAUAUAUCAUUUAUAUGUCUAUGUUUUUGAAGAAAAUUCUUUAUUUUUCCUAUUAAAUUUAUUAUUGUAUUUAAAAAAUAAUUAACAAACAUAUACUCAUAGUAAUCAACAAAUAAUAUCUGAAAUGUCAAAUUACAUGUUAAAUUCCCGAACAUUACAUAUUUUGUCUUUUAAUGCCUUAGCUUUGUCACACAAUACUUCAUUUAUAUUAAUUAAUCUUAUAAAUGGCCUUGUCCUCACUAAACAUAAUAUUAUAUCUAUUGAUAUAUUUACACUAUUUUAGAUUCUGGGUCAGCACCCAGAAGAAGCUUAUGAUUUUAAAAAGAUAUUUGUUUUUUUUUUUCUGUGGACAACUUUUCUACCAGCAAUUUUGCUCCAAUUUAUAAUAAAAGUAAUGUUUCUAAAAGGAAAUUUGACUGGGGAGAUACUUUUGGGUAUUUUUAAUUAAGAAUAAUUGAUAAUAACUAAACAAGUUAGUUAUUAUCAUUGUGUACAUUUUCCUGUUUUUCUAAGUUUUGUCACAAUUAUAUAUAUAUAUAUAUAUAUAUAAAAAAACUGCAGUAAUAAGAACUACGAUUAGAGGCGCAUACAUAGAGAGGAAAAUUUGAGAGUUGAUUCCCUCCUAUUACUUUAUUUACUUAUAUGUAUACAUCAAUGUGUGUAAAUUUAAAAAAAAUACUUAAUCCCAGGGGAAAUCGUUUGCCACCGAUCCUUCCACAUCUCAAUACAAAAUUUACGUGUAAACCACUGGCUACGGUAGUAAAGUAUUACAUCUCGGCACUUAAUCUGAGAGUUUACUGGGCUAGUGUAGAUCGAUUUGAGUACAUCAUAAUUUAUAAUAUUAUAUAGGACCGUUAUGUAUUCACCGCGAUAAUCCGUUUCGAAUAUUUUCCGAAAUAUCAAACAAAAUCACGCCCGUGGUACUCACACAAAACUUUUUUUAAAAAUAUUAUAAUAUUAUGAACUUGCGCCGUUCGCCGUCUUUAAUUGGUCGUCGACACAGUAUUUGGCGAUUAUUUCUAGCCAAAAAGCCAAUAGUUCAGUGGAUUUUGUAUAUUAUUAUAAUUUAUGGUACCUACCUAUAUAUACAGGGUCUUUCAAAUCGCAGUCAAAUAUUCCAAAAAUUACUUAUAUUUACAAUGAGUUGUUUAUUUAAAAAUGGUUUAUAUUUAUACAUUUAAAAAUGUUAUAUUGUCCUAAUAUUUUUAUUAUUAUUUUCAGGGGCGAAUUGGCUAUUCACUUCUAAUUAUCAAAUAGCAACCUAUACUAAAGAAUCUAUACGUAGACAUAGUAUUAGCUUAAAUACAUUUUGGUUUUGACAUUUUUGAUUUCCGUCAAACCGUUAUCGAGAUAUUCCACGUUUAAGUUUAAGUAGGGAAGAUAACGGAGCACUAUUCAAACCCCGUGCACUGUGCCGUCAUAUCAAUGACGUUCCACUACUCUCUAGUAAAUAUUACAUGGAAAAUUUAACUAUAACACGAAAUUUCGAAGACCUUGGUAAUUAAAAUGUAAAUGCGCGUCACAUUGACCACGGUAACGUGAUGUUGUUCGGUCGCCCGUGAUCGAUUUCGGCCGUUAAAAUAUACCGAGCGAUGUGUACGAAGAAUAAUCUCACGCUGUACUGAUAGACUUAUUGUAAGUCGAUGCAUCGGGGAAAGUAAACAGUUUCGCAUGUCCAUUCUCACCACCGCCGUUGCCAUUCAAUUUACAUAGUAAUAAUAAUGUUAAUGCGUAUAACGAAUUAAAACCCACGCGUAGGUACCUACCUGCGGUAGCGUCAACGGCCGAUAUUAUAUUAUUGUUAGUUUUCGGAUGUUCUUUUGGUACAAUGCUAUAAAGAUUUCUCAAAAACAAAAAAAAAAAAAACUUAAAACAAUGUAAAGAAACAUCUGAAAAAAAAGCGAACAAUCCAAGAGAAACAAACCUCUACCUAAUAUAUAAAUUUCAUUAACGGGGACGGUCGUGGACGACGAUAAAAGACAGUUGAAAAAUUUUCAGAACGUAAUUUUAUAAAAAUAAAAAAUAUAUGUAUACAAAUAAUAAAUAGAUUGUGAGAUAAAAUCGAUUUAAUGUACAUUUUUGAACAUUUCCUUGGGGUGGUUCUUUGAGGAGGUCAUUUUUCGAUUUUCAUUGACAAAAUUAUUAUAAAAAAAAUAUCUAAUUUACGAUGAAUGAUAAAACUAUAAUAAUUAAUGAACAUUAUUUAUUGAAAUAUAUUAUUACACAGUAUAUAUAUUAUAUUUGGUAUAUUAGUGUAAGCAAUUGAUAAAUAAAUUAGCUGAGAUAUAUAAUCGAAUUUUCCAGAUAAAUCUUUGUAAAUCGUAAUUUAAAUAUGAGAAAUGGAAGGCAAAAUAUUUAAUUUAGAUUAGUAUAAAGUUGACGAGAUAAAUUAUUAGGUUAGACCACAUAACCGUUCUGUUAUCCAGACGUAUACCAAGUCUGGUACUACUACUACUACUUCUAUUAUCUGCUACUAUUAAAUCGUGUACUACUAUUAACAACUUCAGUGUUUUUAUAUUUAAAACAAAACCUUUAUUUUUUAUUUAGAAAAUAAUAAAUAUUCUUUCUGAAUUUUAUUUUUAUUUAGAUAAUUUUAAUUGUUAUGUAUCUUUUAUGCUCAUCUAGAUAAUUAUUUUAUGAUGAUCGCUUCUUAUCAAGAUUUUGAUAUAUUAAGAUUUAUCUUUAUACAACACUGCGGAUCGCGGCCCACAGUUCAGGAAACUCGACAGUGUAAUGCGUAAAGAGUAUAGGUGCAUGCACACUACGCCGCACGUCUAUACAUCAGGGACGAGCAUUCUUUGUACUUAAGACGGAGCGAGAUUCACGUUACGGUGGCAGUGCUCCACGUCAUAAAUAUCUAUAGAUUAUAGAUAUGAAUGUGUGUAAUAAUAAUACGAAAGUAAUAAACCUCAGUACAAUAUCGCCCACGCAAAACUCGUACAACGGGUAUAAAUAAAUACGGAUUUUGGGAUAAACGCGCGGUGUAUAUAAAAGGGAAACGCGCGUGUGGUUUCGGGAUACCUAACCACCUCGCAAAAUAAUACCUAUUUUGUACAUAGAGUAACGCUUGAAACUUUUCCGAAAACUUGUAUACACCGACGUCGUCGUUGGCCGCAAUGAAUUAUUACCGACGGCGUAUAGGCUAGGUGAACGUAUCUUACAAUAAUGAUCAGUUUUUCGUAGUGUUUAGGAAAUAAAAAUGUUGCCAUGAAUAUGACUCUGUAUUUGGAAACUAUAUAAAAAACAGCUUAUGAACUGUUGAACAUUGAAACUAAUACGAUUAAUACACUCAAAAUUGGACAGGGGAUUGGACGUUCGACAAAAUCAACGAAUUUAAAUACAGUCUGUGAAGAAAUGAAUGUCAGCAGAUUUUAUUUUACACAAUAUAUUACAGUUCUAAAAUUGUUUGAAAAUUUGUCCAGCAUUUUCAAGGAUUUUCAGGUUUCAGAAAUGGUGGCAACCAUAAAACCAUUUCAUACGGUUUUCAUCGAUUAUGAAUAUAUUCAACAUUGUAUUUAGAACUGAGACAAAAGGCAUGUAAAAAAGAAAAAACCAUAGUAACCUAUUUAAUAUUAAUAAAUACUUUUACGCAACGAUAAAUCAUUGUUGACGAAAUACGAUUCUUAGUGAAGUUCGGUUAAACAUUUUUCAAAUGCGUAAAAAUUACGGAUUUUCGUCAAAGUUGAACUUAAAACGUUUAUAAAAACUUCUAAAUUAAGUAAAACUUAUUUUUUUUAUCACUAAAUACAACUUGAAUGAAAUGAAGUUAAAUGAAGUGUUAAGUUAUUAAACACUUCUUGUUUGUCUAAACAAUUUUGUCCACAAAAAAUAAAAAAUUAAAUGUAAAUUGUUCACAAAUCGCUAGAAUGUUUUGUAAAUUUUACCACGUCUCAAAAAGACUAAUCUAAAUAUGCCAUGAACAUUUUCACACAAGGUUACAAUAAAAAACGAAAAUAGAAAAUAAAACCACCAUUUUCCCAAUUUGUCCCUAUUAUUCAUAAAACUUUUUAAAUAUCAAAAAUUAAAUCCCUCGAUGAAUUAAUUAGAUACAAAAUGCUACUAGAAAGCUUUAUUCAUUUUUUUAAUUAUUUUCAUUUAUACAGCUGUUUACAGACAAAAAAAUAAACACAUCAUCGUAAAACCAAAACGUUCCUGUGUGCACUCAAAAUCUAAAAAAAAUGGUGAUAACCGCUUCCUUUAAGGCCACAACUAUACGAGAGCGUGAUAUUAGAUUUUCAAUAAUAUAUCGACUCCCUUGUGUGGACUUUAUUUUUUUUUUGAAGUUUAAAAUCGAUCUUCUUCGUUUAUUUCUUAUACCGUUCGAAAGAAUCAACAAUCGGCAUUUUAAAUAUAAAAAGGACUAUUAAAAACCGUAUAAGUAUAAAGUGAUAUUAUCAUAAAAACUACUAGGUAAUUACGGGGUAAAAAGUUUUACAAACACUCAAAAAUUUAUUCAGAGAAAUAAUAUUAUGAUAUAUAUACAGUCUGGAACGUGUGGUGAAAACAUAAAUCCUCUGAAUUUUACCUAUUUAUUUAUUAUAAAAUAAUAAUAUAUAUAUAUAUAUUGUAUCGUUUUUUCGUUUUGACAUGUCGCAGUUCUGGUGAAAAGUGUGUUAAAAUCACGUUAAGUGUACGUUAUCAAUAAUGGUCAAACGGUAAAUUUGAAUUUUUUUUUAAAUUAUUUUUAAUAGAUAUAUUGUAAAGAUUAUCUUAGAUUGUUAAUUGCGUAUUGUGGAAAAAAUAACCUUUAGUUAAACAGUUUGACACUAAAUUGCAUAAGGAUUUCCUUAAUAAAGCCACACAAUAUAUUAAAAAACUAUUACAAUUUAUUUUUUUUUUUUAAACAUUUGACCAUUUCUAAGAAUGUUUUAGGAAGAUUUGAAACAGAUUUCAAAAUAAACUUUAUUAAAUUGUUUUUAAUCAAAAAGCCAUAAUUUCGAAACUUAGUCAAUUCACUCAAUUCUGAUUUCAUCAUCAUUCUUAAAUCGUCAACAACAUAUGUAUCAAAAAAAAAAUUAAAAAUUUAGAUUUGUUCCACAUCAUGGUUUAUACAACGAUUUUUGUCAAAAUUUGAUACUAAAUUUCCUUUAUAAAAAAUAAAAAUAAUACAUUAAACUCAAAUUUUCUUUUUCUAACCACAAAGUAAGACUCUUUUUGAACCUCUUGUCAAAUUUUCAAGAAUUUCUUUUAAAUCUAACAAUUUUACCACAGAGUAUUUACCGAAUAAAAAUUACGUACAAAACUCGCAAAAUUAAAAUGUCUACAAAUAGCUUAAAAGUGGCAAAUAAUUUUCGAAAAUUUUAGCAUGUCUGGAAAAGAUAUCUGUCAAAAUUUCAAGUCUUUACAAAAGUUUUUAUAUAAAAUACAACAAAUAAUAAAAUUGAUAAAAUAAUAAAAGGAUUAAUUUAGUAUAUUUUCCGUUUUUUUUUUUACGUUUUAUCCUGGUUUUUCCCAGAUAUUAUGAAAACCACUUGGAAAAUCAAAAAGUACCACCCAAAAGUACAAUCUGUAUACAAUUUUUUUUCAGAAAUGGUGCCGCACAUUUAUCCGAGCAAGAUUUAUAGUAGACUUUUUAGUAUAAAAUAAAAAGAAAAAAUCAAAAACAUCUUAGUAAAACUAAUACAUUUUUCGCUACACUCAGAAUCUAAAAAAAUACCAUAGCAAUUUCAAUGUGUACCUCUCAAUCUUUAAUUUGUUAUGCUGAAGAAAAUAAUAAUCAAUUAAAAAUAAUAGGUAUAUCAACCGUAAUUAUGACAGAGGGUUAUAUUUACAAAAAGUGACAGCAAAUUUCUUACCGUAUUAUCUUAAAAAAAGCUCUUAAAUUAAUAACAAAGAUAGACUUAAUCAUGACAAUGCUAAAUGGAUCCGAAGUAAGUGUCAAAUAAUUGUAUUAAACUCCUUAACAACAUUGUGAAUGCACGAGUUGACGGCACAAGUAUUGCUGUUAAAAAUGAUGUACCUGCAGCUUACGUAUUAGUUGUUUUUUAAAUAUAUUUCUGAAGAUACUUAUUUUUUUUUAGAAAAUUAGAAAACACAAAUUUUAUAAAAAAUAGCAAAUACGUUGCAUUUAGUACAGUUCAGUUGUAAAGACAAUACAACAGUGAGUCUCGAUAGGAUAACGAUUUAAAUAUUAAAAUAUAUUAUUUAACUUAUAGCCGAUUCUCUAGUUUCUAUUUAUAACUUGAGUAGAUAUACAACAAAGGAUGUUUAUAAGUAAUCUUAAAUUAUCAGCGAAAAAACGGCUUACAAAAGCUGGGGUUUAUAAAUAUAUGAAUAAUUAUAGGCUUAUAUUCUUGCUUAGUAAUUUUUAAUUAAUUGAAGAAUCAUAAAUUAAGAUUAAUUCGUUUCCAGAGGAAAACGAACAUUUAUCUAAAAAUCAAUAUGGUUGUAGACUUGGUAGGUAAAUUGAACAUUUCCUUUUUGGUAUGACACGAUUUAUCUAUAAUGAACUAAAAAACAGUAGCAAAGUGUUCUUGAACUAAAGCUUUUUAUUCUGGGAAUUACAAUAUUUCAUUAAAGAUAUUACAAUUUCGGAAUUUAUGAUUAAUGUUUAAAUUGGUUUGAAAAUUACCUAAUAAAUGGGAAACGUUUGGCUGAAAUAAAUGGCAUAAUACAUCAAGAAAUUAUGGUUGAAUAUGGUCUCUCAAGGAAGUUUACUGAGUCAUAUUUUUAUUUUGAAAUUUUUUUUUUCAAACAGGAAAAGGGUUCAAAGAAUGCCUGGCAAACGGUACGUGGUACAGACAUCCGGAUUCAGGAAUUGAGUGGGCGAAUUACACCAAUUGCGUCGAUAUGGAAGACUAUGAGGUACGUAAAUAUAUUUUUUAGAUUACAUAAUAUUAUAUAAAUCAAGUGGCUAUCACGGAAAAUUAAUAAAUUGGAAUGAUAUACAAACACCUAGGUACCUAUAAAUAUGGCGUCUCUUUUCAAAAUGAAAUAAAAGAUUAUCAAGUGAUGAACAGGGUUUUGGAUUCAUCACGCAUCAUAAAGAGAUUUAAAAUCAUCGUAAAAAGCGUUUAAAAUUUUAAUUUUAAAAAAAAUGUAUAGAGGUAAUGUCAAUAGGUGUAGCAUUGUUGUGUAUGAGAAGUUGGAAAGACACAUACAAUUAUUUAAUUUUCGUCUGUACAUAACGAUAAAUUAUUACUGAUGAAAUUAGAUUUUGAGCAAACAGUUUAGUUAAACAUGUUUUUAAAUAUCGUAAUUUUUAAGGUUUUCGUCAAAAUUUUAAUAUUAAACGCACACGACCAAAACUACGACAUUACACUUAAUUUAGAAAACAAAAAGUCCAUUCAGAUAAAACCAAAAAAUAAAAUUUUCAAAUAAAUAGCUAUAAAUAUAGCUUAAAAAUCGCAAACAUAUGUUUUCAAAUUUUACUAUGUAUAUAAAUAGGCCAAUAUCAUUUUAAAAUUGCAGUUAUUUACGAUGAUUUUUUUUUUUAUCAAUUUACAGCAAAAAAUUAAAAAUAAUGGAACCGUAUAUAAUUAUCAUAAUUUUCCUGUUUUUCCUUCAUUUAUUUCUAGUUUUUUUUUCCAAUUACUAAGGAAACUACAUGAAAUAUUAAAAACUUUCUAUUUCUUAUUCACCAAUUAAACAAUAUUUUAUUUCAGAAAAUAUGCUACUUUUCUAAUUUGUAGUAAGAUUAUUGGUAGAAAACAAAAAUUCGAAAAAGUUUAAAAUAAUGCAAUUUUUAAUGCCGUAAAUAUUUGUCAGUUUUUUAUAUGUACAUUUAUACUGGUUUUCUCAAAUAUUAUGAAAACCACUCGGAAAAUCAAAAAAUGAUCUUAUUAAUGCACCAAUUAAAUCAAAAAUUCAAAAAAAUGCAUGUUGUUUUUUUUUUAAAUUGAACAAGUUUUCUGGUAUAAAAGUUGAUUUCAAACAGAAUAAAAAAUUACAAACGUCAUAUUAAAACUAUUAUAUCCAUGCUAUACGAUCAGAAUCUUUAAUCCGAUUUAACAUUGUUCACUUCCGUCUGCAAUUUUUCGUUUAAGUAAUAAAAACUACAAAACAGAAAAAAUGUAAAAAAAUAGAACAUACAAAUGCCUCUACAAUUAUAGUAAAAACUUUUUUAUAAUUUUAUAAAAACCACACACUAAUAAAAUCGAUCUUGUAUCUGGCAUAAAUUGCACAAAAUUACUAGAAUGUUAUAAACCGAAAAUAAUAUACAAGCAAAUAGUAUAAAAAUCCCAAACCCUACGUGCGAUGAACAUAUUAUAGAUAAUUUUAAUAUUUUGUUGUCCCUAUAGUUUUAUCAUUCAGUCAUGGUUUUAUUUUUUUUUUCAGUUCAGAAACCUGAUUAAUUCGCUGUACAUCGUUGGCUAUUCCGUGUCGUUAGCCGCCCUGCUCACGUCGUUGCUGAUUUUCUUCACGUUCAGGUAAGUUUCAACAAAUUUUUCAUCGGCCACUGUGAUAAGAGGAGAGAGGAAGGGGUGGCGAGGUCGUCCUUUAACCACCUUUUCGAGUACCACAGCCUCCGGUUCAAAAACAAAUCCUCAGACCAUCGGUUCUUUCCCAACUAUCAAAAACGUUUUUCCCCUCCACAAUAUUUCGUCAGGCGUUAAUUUCGGCACAUUUUCCCGAUGGUGAAACGUGCCCGGAAUGUGCUGUCCGCUGAAGAUUAUUUGGCCAGGCAAACCGAUUCGAUGACUCCGUGACGGCUACCGGCGAGACUCAGGAUUUCGAGCACGACGCGCAAACAACACGCGUUUUAUGUUAUUAUGAAAUGAAUGGAAAAAAAAAACCCCAUAUAUUACCCAACUCAUAUAUUAUUAUAUUGAGUAGGCGAGAUAUCGGAACCAAACGAAAAAAAUAUAUACCGACGGAACAAUAAAACACAGCAGAGCUCCGUAACCAAAGUCGGAUUUCCACCCAUUCAACUUGUUGCUAUUACAAUAUUUCAUCUUUAUAUAUAUAUAUAUAUAUUUAUACAUUUUUGUUCUAACGUGAUAUUGGAUUAUUUUGAACAUUUGUAAGGGAUUGAAAUUUGAAACCCCUAAAGGUAUAGCCUUGACACUAACGCCAUGCAUUUACAAAAUAUAAUCCCUCUGGUUUAAUUCGUUGAGUCUGUAUGGACGUGAAAAACUAAAAAAAAAAAAUCACCUUCCUCACGCCACUAAAUGCGUUAUAACUUGUUGAUAAAGGCUGAUGUCAAAAAAAAAAAAAAAUUUCGAAUUAGUAGUCAUUGGUAGUUGAAACAGAUAAUUGUUUUUUUUUUAAAAUACCAAUACAUAAAUAUUAUAAUACAUAUUAUUAUUAUUACUUUUUUUUACAUAUAUCGAAAAUAAAUAUCGAAAUAAAUAUUGACCCUUUUUGCACCAAGCCUAAGAUUAGUAUUAAAUGAAAAAUAAUAUAAUACAGAUCAGUAUUUUUGGCAAUUUUAAUAACUUUGGUAUAAAUACACGAAAGGUGAGAAUCACUUGUUGCCAAUAGAAUAAUUAUUAUACGGUUGAACUUAAGAAGUAAAGGAAUAAAGUUAAAAAAAUUCUUGUUAGCCAGUAACAUUACCUAAUAAAUAACAAUAACAGCGUCGUAAUAAUAGUUUUUGUCUUAAUUUAUCGCUUUUGAAAAAAGGUUUUUUUUUCAAUUAUUUCAUCCUUUUAUAAGUAAUGCAUUUUACUAUAAUAAUACAACGAAAAUCGCGUAUGAAGAAAAAUAACAAAAGAAAAAAAAAAUCUCAACAAUUAUUAUUAUAAUUAUCCCGUGACAUAAAUAUUUAACAACGGUCGAAUUACCACCUCGUUUUAAUUUUCAAAUUUGUGAGAUGUCACACCUCACAUUACCAUGCAACCCUUAUCUCUAUCUCGGACACCAACUCGCAGGCAAAUGAUAAUAAAAUAUAAUUGCAUAUUUUUAAAAUUAUUAUACGGUUUAAAAUUAUUCAAUAUUUACCUAAUAACAGACUUAUUUUUAGCUUCGUAAUACACGAUCGGUUUUCACCAUUCCUAACUAAAUGUGAUAUCGCAUUGUCAAAAACAAUAGAGGGGAGUUAAUUGUAUACGACGACGACGUGUAUUAUAGAAUUCGUUUUAAUUUGCAUUUCUCAUUUGGUUUUACCUAAAACCACAAACAAUAAUCAAUUUUAAAAUGACGGCGUGUACCCAAUGUCACUGUCCGGGACGUUGGUAAGGUACCUAUGUUUACUUUUAAACCCGUAUUCUGAGUGUAAUAAAACACCGAAAAUCACCUUUACCUAUUUUCAUAGUAUAAAGUUAUUGAUUAUGAGUAAAAAUAUUCAUGCGUGCAUCAAAAACAUACACCACAACGAGGCUCUAAAAACAAAAUUACUAGAUUUUGUUAAACGGAAUAGUUUUAAAUAAUUUAAAAUACUUCAAUAAAUACAGCAUAAAAUUAAUUAUUAUGUUUUAUUUUUUUAUAUACAUACAUUAAUAUAGUUUAUAGGAAAAAAAAUUGAAUAAAUGCACACAAUGAGUGAUAACGAUGUAGGGCCCGGAUUCAAAGCUUUAACAAAAAUAUAACCAACCAAAAAUACCCUCUCAAUUAAAUGACUUUCGAAAUAGAAUUCCUUUAGUGACAUGAUGAUGGGCUGUUAUAAAUGUAGAAAAAAAAUGGAAUUUAUUACUCAAUAUACUCAAUAAAUGUAUUCUAUAAUAGAAGAACGGAAGUUGAUGAAGAGCAUCCAAUAGGAAAAAGGUAGCUGUAAAGACCUCAUUUCAUAUUUGAAAAUUAUGUAAACAAAAAAAUGUUAAAUAAGUCGAUCUAAAAGAACAAUUAUUGGAAAGAGACAGCCGCAAAACAGGAAUGGUUGAAAACAUAUUUGUUCAAUGGGAUAGUUUUAAAGGCCCGAAAAAAAAUAGAAUAAAUAAAACUAAUAAUAAUAAUUUGUUUUUCGUCGGUGUUUUUGCAGGAGUCUGAAAUGCACCAGGAUCGCCAUACAUUUACACUUGUUUAUAUCGCUGGCGCUUAACAAUCUCUCGUGGAUUAUCUGGUACAAAACCGUUGUAGAAGACCUGUCUAUCAUCCAAGAAAACGGGGUAAGUCAUCAAAAGCAUAAAAAAUCGUAUAAAAUAUGUACCACUAUAACAUCGUCCUUUACUUACCAUAAAUUCCAUUUAGAGCAAUUACUCAAUUUAACCAUUCGUCGUAAUAAAUCUUUAAUCAUAAAUAUUUUAAUACUAUAAAAAACCAAAAACCAAAAAAAAAAUAAAAAACCUCGUCCAAGACAAAAAACUGCUGAAGCAGCUGUUGUUCAUUCAGAACGUAAAAAAAAAUAAAAUAUUAUAAUAACACUGCGUUAAAUUUUGACGCGACGUGAAUAAAUUGAAAUAUUUUUUAAUUUGCGAUAGAGCUUUAGUAGUUUAAGUUUAGGUACCAACAAAAGAAAAAAAAAAGAAAUGUAUUUUUCAAAGUGGAAAACAAAUUAUAGUGAAACACGGUGUUCAUUUGAUGAGUCAUGAAUUAUUGAAUUGUUGAGAUAAUUAAUUGGAAGUUUGAGUUAGUAGUUACAAGAUCGAAUUUGUAUAAUUUUUUGGAUUUACAAAUACAAAUAGUGUAUUCCUUUUUGUAUCUUUGAAAACUAUCAGUUGUCACACGUUCACGCGUUAAGUUUCCAAAAAAUAUCUUGUUACUUACACGUCAGAAAUACUUCCUGUUAGAGAUAUAAGUUAUUUUUAUAAAAAUCACAGUACGCUUUAAUCCCAAAAAUUAAAUUAAUUCAAUAAUAAUAUCGAUAAUUUUUUCGGAUUUGUACCUGAUAUAAUUCAAUACAUAAACAAUUACGGGGGAAUUGGUGUGAUAGGCUUUUAUCAUCAAUAAAGGAUAAACGAAUUUACAUUUUGUAUGCAUUUUUUUUAUAUAACUACGUACUAAACCUACAGGUUUACAUAAAUUUCUCGAUAAAAUUAUAGUUGUUCACUUUUAGAGGUUUUCGCGUGUUUAUCUCUCGAGCAAGUGUUUUUUUUUUCCUGUAGCCUGUAGAAAAAAAUAUGCCAAUAAAAAAGGGUCCACGUAAAAAAUACACAAAAAUAAUCCCGAAAUCCAUUAAUCACACUUACUAAAUACGCCACGCCUUGCGUUCGGGAACGAAUAAAUUACAAUUUCUAACGACUCUGAAUGAAUUAAGCCACAAAAAUGUCAAUUCAAACACACACACACACACCCACGACAUAUUAUUGUUAUUAUUAUUAUAUAGGUAGGCAUACAUAAUAUAUGCUGACUUACGAGCUAUACCUAUAUAGUAUAUACUGUAUACGAGUAUAUGGAGUGAAUAAUGGCUUUCUUAUAUUACUGCGUAUGUGUGUGUGUGCGUGUGUGUGUGUGUGUGUGUGUGUGUGUAUGUGUUUGUGUAUACGUCACUAAUAUACGUUUGGGUGGAAAAACCAUCGAUUUUCAAAAAAAAAAAAAAAAAAAUAUGUACUUAUAGUCGAUAUAACAGAAAAUUAAUGUUAUCUAAGUAAUCGUAUAAGACUAUAGGUUUUCGUUAUCCGUAGUUUUUAAAAAAAAAAAAUACGACGACGUUCUAUCUGUAAAAAAGUAAUAUUGUCCGCGAAAAUAUGAAGGGUCUAGACGUCCUCACCUAAGCUAGACUAACGAUUCAAAUUUUAUUUUAAUAUACCAUACCUAUCGCCAUAAUGAAAACUCAUUAAAAAUGCUAGUUUAUAAAGGAAAACAAAACGAUUUUGAGCGGAGUUCGGUUAACACAUUUUUUAAUAAAUUAAAAUUAAACAUUAAACGAAUUUUCAAUUAUAAUCAGUUACUUAUUCGAAAUCAAAAAAAAAAAAAAAAAAAUUAAAUAACGAAAUGCGACAGAAAACAGAUAAUUUUUUCGGCCGUCCCAUUUUUUUGGUUUGGAAAACUUUUUUAACAGAAAUCUUGCGCCGAUUUUUAAGUGUAGCACCUUUUCUGAAAAGUAAUUGGAUUAUAGAGGUACCUCAAGGAGGUAAAUUUUCGAUUAUGAAAAAACGACAUCUGUACUCACCACUUAUACAAUAAUUUUCUUUUAAAAAAAAUGCUUUCUCGUCUUGAAAUUCGGAGUUAGAUUUCCUACAGAAAAAAAAAAAUAAACAAAAUCGUUAACACCGUAAGUUUAUCUUUUUAGCUUUUAUAUUUUUCCGGUUUUCCCAAUUUUUUAUGAAAACUACUUUAAAGAUCAAAAAAUAGUAUCCCAGUAUAUUAACACUACCAACUAUAAUAAACAAAAUUCAUCAAUAUAAAAAAAAUCAAAGGACAUUUUUUGAUUGGAUUAAUAUUUCUGGUAAAAAAAUGGCUUACAGACAUACAAUUUAAAAAUAAAAAAUCACUGAAUUCAAAAUUAAAAUGACUACAAUUUCGAUACGUUUAACAUACCUAUUGGUUUAAUAAUUUUUAAUUCCCAACUAAAAGUCCUUAGGUAUAAAACAAUUAACUCACCGUCUGAUUGCGUUUCGGUUUCGAUUCUAAUGUUCAUCAUCACAUUCUCAUAGUAGUAGGUAAUUGUAAUACUUUUGAUGGCUUGCAGUUGAUGGCAAACGAUAAUUUAUAGACGUAAAUCGAUGAAGUUAACGUAAAAUAAAAAAAAAUAACUCGAUCAGCGGUGGAGGUAAAUAAAUAAAACAAUUGCUACAAGCUUGCUUCGUAAUAAUUAAAAAUUAAACCGAAACGCACGCGAGCAGCAAGACUCGUCACGACUAUCCAAUCAUUACUAAACUGAAAAGUAAAAAACGAUAACGAAGACGCACGUUCGAACGAACCAAUUUUUAUACAAUUUUUGAACGGGUUUCAAUUGGUCAGGACCGUGCCGAUACAAUGUCGCGACCAGUGGCGAAAUGUUCUAGGCCCAUACACGGUGUUUUCCCGUUAUUUCUGUAAUACGUGAUAUGACAUGAUAAUUUAAAAAAUAAAACUCAUAGUAAGACCAAUAUAUUAAAAUUAAAUUAAAUUCCAGAACAAAUAAAAAUGCAGAUUUAUUGUUUACUAUAGUUUUUAAAAAAAAAAUAAUAUGGAUUAUGCAUGAGUAUGGAGUAUAGAUUAUUAGAUUACAAAACAAUUAUUAUGAUUAAAUAAUAAAAAAUUUAAGGGUACAAUAUUGUAUUAAAUAUAUUUCUGAGAUCCGUUUAGUAUGUAGUAUUACUCGAAAAAUGUAUUAUAACUUUUGUGUAAAAUUUGUAUUCAGUGACCACUACAAAAAUCACAUGGUUUGAAAAAAAUCGCAGUUUCUACGGCGUCCUUAGGUUUUCACCUUUCACUCAUAAUAAAUAAUAAUAAUUAAAAAAAAAAAAUAAAGGUGGACAUAAUAUACCUGAUCACUCAAGCUUUUGCGUUUUAAUAGUUAUCAUUUUUAUUUAUUUGAAUUUUUUUUUUUUUUUUUUUACUCUUUUUCGUGUGAUUCGCAGUUAUACUGCAAGUCUUUGCACGUACUGCUUCAAUUUUUCAUGUUGGCUAACUACAUGUGGAUGUUCUGCGAGGGCCUACACCUGCACAUGGCCCUAGUCGUUGUGUUCGUCAACGAUGUGUACGCGAUGCGCUGGUUUCACACCAUCGGCUGGGGGCUGCCAGUCGUGAUCACCACACUAUACGUCUCGUGGAGAAGCUAUUCUGAAGACACCACUCAGUAAGUCCGGCCGCUAAAAAACACUUAAAAGUUUUGGGCAUGCAGGUAAACAAAUUGUAUGAAGGUUAAAGGUGUCUCGGUACAAAAACGGAUUAUGGUCAUGAAUGGUCAUCGUGGUUCGGGUGCGUAGCCGGGUCACGACCACUCUUCAUUGAACGAUCCCUAAAAUAAUAACGGAAUACAUCACCGUCAUAUAAUGUUAUAUUCUAAAGUUGAAAAAAUACUGAAAAAUCAAUAACAAUAACGCGUUCGUCUUUGUUUGUUUUGAUAAAAUUAUAUUACCACGGAUUUACAGUAUGGUUUUGAUAAUCUUUAGAAUCAAAAAAAAGUUGUCUAAGUAUGUAUUAGAGUUCAACACUCGAAACAUACACCACGUUAGAAAUAUCGACCAUUGUCAAAAAAAAAAAAAAAUCCGGAAAAACACUUACUCGGCAGUUAAUAUUUCACUUUUUUUUUUCUUUUUUACAUUUUCGCGUAAAAUAUUCGCACGGAUUUCCACUACACGGGUAGGUGUAGGUACUCGUAUACGUCUACCGACGCCUAUAUUAUAUUUUAUAAUAAUGAUAAUAUGACGUGCCUGCCGGUGUCAUACGUGGACGCGAAAGACGUACGGGCGGUCGUUAAGGCGGUUUAGGAAGUAUUGUGUGUACGUCACGUGUAUAAUAAUAUAAUAUAAUAAAACGAUAGAGAUCUCGCGGUCGCUGACGGAGAUGACAAACCACGAGCCGGUUAUUAUAUUAUACCUCACAUCCCCGCGACUGUUUAAUUAAAAGCGGACAGGGAGAAGAGGAGAGAUUAUAUAAAAAGAAGAUAAUAUUUUAGAAAUACGUCGUUAGGUACAUAUAUUGUUAUAAACACUACUGCAACAGACGGCACGAUAUUUACGUUUAUACCAUACUCGUAAUUGUUUAUGCCUGAGUUUGUCGUUUGCACAUCGAUAAUUCCAUAUAGUUUUGUCGGUAAUUUGAUUGAUCACGAUUUUAGCGUGACAAUCGUAGCUAAAUAGUUGUUGUGCCAACAAAUUAAGCGCACAUUUUAAGACUUGGUACCUAGUCGACCGAUCUGAAGUUACGGUUUUAUAUUUAAAAUUCUGAGCGGAGCGAGGAAUUUAUUAGUUUUACAUUGAUGUUUAUUUCUUUUUUUGUGUGGACAAUUUUUCUAACUUUUCUUAAUUUUUCUAAAUCUGACUGAGGUGGUAAUUAGGAGGUAAUUUUUUUUUUUCUCAAAAAUGUUCUCAAUAAAUGGGAAAAACGUAUGAAAAAAGGGAAAAAUUAUUAAAUGUAUUAUGUAGAACAUAAUUCAUAUACAUGUACAUACAUAUGUGAGACAUAUAUAUACAUAUAUAUAUAUAUAUAUUGUUGACAAAGUUAUACUAUUAACCGAACUUCAUUCGGAAUCGUUUUUCGUUAGCAACGGUUAUUAAAUGCGUACAAAUACACAUUAAAUUUUUCCUCUACCUUCCCAACUUUUUACCUAAAACAAUGGCCCACUCAUCGUGUGAAGUAUGUCCGACUUUCUAAUUAAUGUUAUUACAUUAUUGUGUACGUGUAUGAUUGCUAUUUAAAUGUAUUUCUAAUUGUUUUCAUAAUUCCGGUUGAUUAAUGUUAUUUAAAUAUUUUAACAAUACGAUUUAACAAACCACUAAAUCAGUUGAAAUAAAUUUAUUAGUUACCGAAAAAGAUCUUAUCAAAUUUAAAAUUUAUUCUCCGACUAGUGGUAAUUACUGUGGAACAUGGGACUAACUAGAUGAUCUGAAAAAAAUAAUAAUUGUUGAUAAUAAUUGCAGGCAGUAAUUUCAAUUAUAUCGUGCAACAAGACAGGGAGUUUUCCAUAGAUUUUUCAUAUUUUUGGUAAGAACCUUUGUUGGACGCUUUUUAGUGGCUCAUUGUGUCGAGCCCAUACACUGAAAGACUUUAAGAGGGAAUCACGAAAAAAACUAAUUUAUGAAAAGAAUAUAUUAAUUAUUAGUAAGUAAGUUUAAAAGUCAUAAACAUAAAUUAUAAUUUCUCGACCAUACGUUAUGACUCGGGAGUUUUGCAGAAGUAAACUGGCUGUAAAUUCGUUAAAACCAAUACGUUAUUGUCUGCAAUAAACUAAAUGUAAACAAAUAUAAUGGGAGAGAUUUUAUCCCACAACCACCUUACAUAAAUAUAAUACGAGUAUAUUAAGAAAUAUAAAUUCAUGAACGUCAUCUAGGACUAAUAGUAAACAAUCCUUAUCAACUGCAGGUUUGAUAAAAGGACAUUUGGGGUUCACAAUUAUUUUUUUUUAAAUUGUUUUUAAUAGUUCGUCAAGUAACCGCAUACUACCUAUAAUCGUGAUAACAACCGAUUAUAAUAUUCAGAAUCGUCUGUGAAAAAUAACACAUAUUAUAAUAAAAUACUUACAUUUUCAUAACAACCUUAACAUAAUAUACUCUGUUGUUUUUUCGGCGAAAAAUUCUUAAAUUUCUAUCCGUGUACCGGCCGUAAACACCGACGUGUUCUCUUUUUUUUCUUACGCGAUUUAUUUGUGAUUUAUAUUUACUGUGAUAUAUUGUGAUUUCUUUUUUUUAUCUAUCUACCGUUGUACAUUCGUUUCAUAAAACGCACGAAAAAAAAUCAUAAAUAGUGUUAUUAUAGCGAAUUGUUCGAGUACAAUUCCUUGUACAAUCGUACCUUACUUGCACGUAUUAUACUUACACUGAUUAAAAUUAAAACGUUUUGCAUGUUACGUUUUCAAAUACCUAUUAUUACGCUUUUUUUUAUUUUAGCAUCGUAAGAUGUAAAUAUAGUGUAACAAUGAUGACUGGUAAUAAUUGUCUUGUCUUUUUUUCCAUGAUUUAAAAAUUGCGCAACUGAUAGCCAAUACUUAUCCUUAAUUGGAUUUAUGGCCAAUCGACAAUACAGAUUCAGAAAUACGCAGUAGUCUCUAAAUCACAAGAGGUAUUAAGUACACUUCUCGUAUAAUACAGAGAUAACCUAUGCUCAUCGUAAAAUAUUAUAUGGCUGAAAACAAAAGGCGGGAUUUAGCUAAAUAUUAACAUUUCAUAGGCAAUGGAUAUCGGCUAAACGUAUAGGUAUGAUUGUAACGCAAAGUGUUUCGGUUAUGAACUGAAAUUUUAAAACAUUUAAUAUCAUAAUAUAGUUUUGGGUCCAGGUGUCAACGUCACAUUCUUAAAAAUAAAAACAAAUAAAACCACGAUCGUGGUAAAAUUUAGAUAUUUAAUCAAAGAAUCAAAUCCAAGUUCAAAACUGAAAAUAGCAAUCCAAAACUAAAAGAAACAAAUGUACGUAUGUCCGCUUUCAAAUUUCAAAAAUUCUAAAGUAGAGUUUUUUUUUCAUCAACAAAAAUUCCAAUUAUUCCUAUUUCAAAAUUAAAAUGUAUCCCAUUUUUCCUCUGCUUUUUUCGGUUUUUCACAUUUGUUGAGCAAAAUCCUAAGAAAAUUGAGAAAUUACCUCUUUAAAGUACAUUCCCAAUGAAAUUUCCUUUCAGGAAAAUUGCUAUCGUUAUAAGUUGGAGGAACAUUGUUGAUAGAAAAGUUAUCCACAGGAAAAAAAUAGGGCGUAAUAUUUUUAGCUUAUACUUGCAUUUCUUACAUUUUCCAGGUCUUCUUCCAUUUUUUUUUUCACAUUUACUAAGAAAACUCCUGAAAAAAUCGAAAAAUAACCUUUUUAAAAUACCUCCCUCCUCACACCGAUUUCCUUUCAGAAAAGGUGCUACACAUACAAAUCGGAGUAUAAAAUAUAAAAGUUGUCCAUUUGUUCAAUGAACAAAAAAAAAAAAACAUCUUAGAAAAUCAGAAGUUUCUUCGCUCUACCCAGAAUCUGAAUCUGUACUGUACGAACAUGUAUAGUAUAAAAGGAACUACGUUUUCGAAUCGUUUUUCGUUAGAAAUAGUUUACCGUUGAGUACAGAUAUAAAUUAAAUUCCCUUCUAUAGCCUAUCUUCCCAAAUUUUCACCUACAAUAGUGGUCCAUUAAUUGUGCGAAGUAUGUCCGUCUGUUUUACUUUAUUUCUGAAAUUCAGCUGACUGAUCUUAACGAGAGUCUAACACAUAAUAGAUCCUGUAUAGGGAAGAUGAAAUUAUAAAAUGUAUAUUAUAUAUGUACUAACCAAGUGAACAUAGGACCGUGGAUUUACGAGCUAAAAAUUUGGAACCUUUUGCGGUAAGUUUUAAACGAUUCCCGUGGCGACAUUUUUAUUACUAUUUUCAAUUUUGAACCCACGCAACUUUAAUAUGGUGUCGAUAAAAUCGCUUAGACGGAAAAUUACUCUCGUCGAGUAGUAUGUUGUAAUAGGUAUAGAUGGCAGGUGUGAUAAAAGUGAAUAUCGUUUUAUCGUACAGGAAUAAAAUAGUGACACAUGACUAAAACAAUUUUUUUUAUAACUAUCACUGCUGAGUGUUCACUCCAAAGUAAUGUAUUCUAAAUGUAUGUACGGUUUUAUCAAAAAUAGAUAAAUACUUCUUAAAUUACAAAUACAAAAACUUAAAUUUGAAAUAUCUAAUAAUUUCAAACAGCGACACUAAUCGGCACUACUUUUUGUAAAUCUAUACAUUUUUAAUUUUUUCGAGUAGUUAUUUCAAUAGCGUUUUUGUUUUUUUUCAUCAUUAUUAUUCCCAAUACACAACCGGCUCUUAAAUCCUCUUCAGGGUUAUCGACGUUCUUCCUUAUACGUUCCGAGUCGUCUUAUAUCAGACGAUUAUACAUUUUCCUACUCUAAAUAAUAGGUAUUAUAAACAUUUGAUAAUUUGCUUUUCCCCCCAUCUUAUUCACUAUAAAAUAAACAUUCGAACGCAGUUCUCUUAUAGAUACAGUAUUAAUUUUUUUGUAUCACCAACGCAAUGUACAACAUAAUAUUAUAUCGCAUACCAUGCCCAGACAAGUGCGAAUAGUUGUAACCCCUCUCCUGUCGAUUCAUAGUAAAAGUAUUGAAAAAUAUUCUUCCAGGACGAACAUGACGUGUUAUACGAUUUUAAUAAUAUAUAAAAAUAUUGUAAAUAUAUUAUAUAAUGGCCGUUGCAGUUAUAUGAUGGAUAUUGGAUGCUGACGGGGAAUUGCCGUUCGUUCCGACAAUAAUAAUAUAUUAUCGCGCGUCACGACAAGGAGAAUUUCAUUGGAAUACAAUAUUUUGAAUAUGUAUAUACAUAUUUUACGUAUUUGUACAGAGAACAAAAAAUUGUGUUUUUUUUUUUUUGCUUCUUUGCUUUUGUACGGUCAACGAAAAUACGGCGAAAUAUAAUUUUUCAUUAUUUUUCCUUUUCAUUACAAACGCGUAAUUUUGGGUACCUCAACAAGUCGCAUAUAAAUAUGUUGUCAUAUUCAGUGUUGUAUUUAUCUAGAUAAUUAUAUUACAUUUUAAGCGUAACGAGAAAUGCGUUGGUUUUACUAUAAUAUCUGCGAUUUUUCUUUUCUUGAUUGUACAUAACUUUUCUACCGACAGUUGCGAAUUUACAGGGAGGGGGGAGUCCAGGGGGUCUGGACUCUCUAACCGCAGACACCGAUAUAAUUUCAAUAAAAUUUCAAAAGAGGUAUCUAAUAAUACAUUUAAAAUACAUAUCAUUUUUAAGGAACUUCCUUCAGAAAUUGAAAAAUCCACUACUGUCAACCAGGAAUUUCGCUCAAAUAAAAAAUCGAUAAAACAUUUUUUUUUAGGCAUUAUGAUUAUUGUUAGUGUAUUGAGAAGUUAAUUUUUUUAAUUUUCAAAUAGUUUUUAUACAAAUUAGAAAAAAAAACUGACACAUUUACGGCAAACAAAAUAGCAUUAUUUUCGAUUUUUUCACUUUUUGUUUUCUACUAAAAAUCUUACUAUGAUCAUCAAUAUAAUUGACGAUUUUCGGUUUGUAAACCUUAUACAAUUAUGGUGGUCAUCGUUUUCACAUCGUCUAUUUACUUGUCUAAAAUAUAUUUAGGUUACCAAUUUAUCGAAAAAUAAAAAUGUAACAGAUGUAUACCCCACCGACUUAAAAUAUAACGUGGACUUCUUAUAUUCGUCAACUACUUCUUCUACAUCGCAUUGAUUCCAACUAUUUGAGAUCAUCCACCCUCGUCCUAAAUUUCCAUUUAAAUCGAUCUCGUACAUCCUUCCUCGCAUAUAUCCACUGUCCUCAAUCAUAUCCACAUAACGGACAGCUAUUAAACGUGUAGGUACUACGCAAUACCUAAUAGUAACAUAUUGUUACAAUGUUAAAAUAAAUAAAUUUCUAUAAGUUAAAUUUUCCCUUAAAAAAAAAAAAAAAUGCUGAGAAAAUACAAAAAAUAUGCCAGGUAUAGGAAUUGACGCGAUUUUUCGUGGAAUAGCUUAGAUCAUUAUUUCUUAUUCUUCUUCUUCAUUAUCAGCUUACGGCCCAUUAAGAGCCAUUGCUGCCUGCCACAUUCGUUUCCAUCAUUCCCUGUCUUCUGCAUCUUCCUUCCCUAUGUCAUCUAUGGUUCGUAGAUCCUCCAGUACUGUUUUUAGCCAUAGUUGUCUUAGCCUUUUUCGUUGUUUUUUCCUAUUUAAUUUCUUGUAUAGUAUUUCCUUCAUUUCACUUCCUUCUAAUUUCCAGACAUACUCAAACAAUUUUAUCCGAUUACUUUUUACAAAGGCAACAACAUUAUUAUUUUAUAACAUUUUUAUAUUUUCAGAAAACUUAUAUUCAAUAUAACUAUUAAAUGCAUUACUUAAGUGAUAGUAAACAAUUUAAAACACAAACGACUUUUUACAAUGAAAGAUAUACAUACUUCAGAACAUGGUUAUGUCACUGUUUUAGGUCUAGUAGGGUUUCGAUAAAUAAUUGAACUAAGUUUUAAUUGAAACUUCUAAAUUGUUAACUUGCAACAAUAUAAAAUAAAUUACAAAUAGGAGUAAUUGUUUUUUUUUUUUUGUCAGUGAGACAGAAUUGUAGGCUAGAGACCAUUUUGUAAAGGACUGCGAUUUUGAAUCUUUUUUUAGCUCAUUUUAACUAUAUAUAGGUACAAGUUUCAACAAAAAUCUGAAAUUCAAACUAUUAACGUUUAUAAUAUUAAAAAAAAAAAAAUUCCUGGGCGGUUUAAUCACUAGAUUCGUAUUUCUCCUUAUCCCUUCCGCAUUUUAUAAAUAUAUUUUGCAUAUCAUAUACAGUAUUUAUUAUAAUUAAGAAAAGGACAGAUAAAACUUUAGGAAAAUUGGGAUAAAUUACGGAAAUUCAUGGUAACUCUUCUGUUUUCGAUUUGGUUUCAUUGCUGUACAAGUAGAUAAAACGAAUUGAUUUGGUUAUCAGUAAUAUGAGGUGUUUAGUUUAAAAUAAUCGCAGAAACCUGAAAUAUUCGGAGCAUACUUAUAUUAGGUAGCCUUUACUAGACGCAACAAAAUGUUAGAGAACAAAAUAUUAGGACUUUUGGAAUCUAUAAAUGUGCAGCACAUCUGGUACACUUUUAUUACUAUAGGUUCAAUGACAGUUAACGAACAAAAAUCAUAAAAAAUAUCAUUUUUUAUCUAGGUAAAAUUUUGCUGAUAUAGUAUAUCUAUAAAACUGAAUUGUUAUAAUAUAUAAACGUAUGGAAUAUUUUAUCUUCGUCCUCGUCUAUAUAAUAUAAUCCUAACAAUUAUCUGUAUCCAAAUAUUUGAAAACGUAUCUUCGCUACAAUACCGGUAGCGAUAACAUUGUGUUCAGUGGCGGUGGAAAAAACCGCAUUCAUUAUAACAGUAUCGAAAUUUCGCACAAAUGAAAUAUUAAAUAAUUUGUUUGUUUUCACUAACUAUAAUAAUAUACCGAAGCGCGCAAAAUAAAUGUUAUUACGAGAGCACGUAAUAAUUAAUCACAAUUUACACCCCUGAAAUGAAGAUUGUGCCGGUGUUUUUUGAACGUGAUUAAUAAUAAUUAUAUUAUACUUAACACGAAAACAGCACACCGCGCCCAUGUAGGUUACACGUAAUGUAUAGAAACCGUAAUAAUAUUUACUAUAAUUUUAACGCGUCGUGUCACGUCCAAUAAUAUUUUUCUCAAGCCCGUGAAGAACUGAUAUAUUUUAGAGGUUCUUUUUCUCGUAAUUUUACAGAGCUACCAAAAUAGCCGAAUCGAACACGUAGACCGCUCUAUAAUAAUUUCAUUAUGGUAUCUCACACUCGUCGCUUCUGUUUUUUAAUCACCUCGACGUCGUCGUCGUCGGGUAGGCCGUGUUUUAUUUCGUUAUUUUUAGAUUUCGGCAUUAAAAAAUAUGCCUUUUCAAAUUUCGUUCGAAAUCGUUUUUCAUUAACAAUGAUUUAUCUUUUUGUAUAGAUAUAAAUUCAAUAACUUUAUGUAUCUUACCUUCCCAAUUUCUCACCUACUACAAUGACUGCACCAGACCUGUGGCCAGAAAAUAUUCAUUAAGUGGGCCAGUACUUGGGAGGUCUUUCCUACAAUUUGUUUAUAAUAAAAAUGGUAGUUUUAAGCACAUUGUAUCUAUAAAUAUAUAACCUAAUAAUACCUUUGUACGUUACUGACAGAUUUAUUUUUUUAUGAUUAUGCCAUCUACCGGAUAAUAUACACAACAUAAUAUAAUACUGCUGUUAUGAUGAAUUAGUAACAGGUACUAGGUAGUAAUCACUAAUCAUUAAUCAAUUUAUAACACUAUACGCAGGUCGAGUAGGAUGGUAUUUGGUGGUAUAAAUUAAACACAUAAUAACAGGUUCCACUGAAUAUUUUGGGUGGGCCGACCUAAGGCCAGAAACAUUUUAGGAUGGGUCAGGCACACCCUAACCUCCCCUUAGUUACGUGCCUGGACAACACCCGUCCCCAAUAUCAGCUUUUUUUUUUUUUUUUUAAAUUUCCCAUCAUUAAUACUGCGUUCACAGACGUAUACGUAAUAAUAUUAUUAUUUUUUACUAAUUAUUUUACACGAAGUCGAGGAUCACGAAAUGGGUGGUUUUUUUAAACGAACUAUCCCGCGUCGUUAUUAUUAUUAUUAUACAACCAACGAGUAACAUAAUUAUCAUCAUUGUAUAAGAUAAAUGCAUUGAUACCACUACACCCGUCGUAAAAAGUACAACGGUAAAUUAAUUUACUAUUAUGAUUGCGAUAAACGAGUGAACCACUAUCACUGUCAUUUCACUGUGUAUUCGUACAAUAUACGUAUAGCGUUAUGCUUUCGUACUAGGGUGGUUUUUAUCGUAUAAAUGAGGAAUUAUUUUUCUGCGAUUACCUAUUGAUCGAAUUAUCGAAAUACCCCAGAAUUCGUUGAAAACUGUAUACAAAUAGUUAGUGUCAAGUCUCGUUAACGUUGAUCAACCCCCAAAGGAGCAGGUAUCUCAAAUGGAUUGAGGUUUCAAAAAAUAUUUAUUUUUUCGAUGUUUUGAAAUUACCGCCUAAAACAUUCAUAAAAGGUAAAAAAUUAAAUAUGUUUCCACUUUAGUUUUUUAAAAUAAUAUAAUUACUUGUUUUUUUUUUUUCAUUAAUUGCGUCAAUCAUCUACAAAACGAGUAUUUUAAUUUUACAUGUAAAUUGGCUUUUUAAUGAAAAAAGCAUAAAAAGCAUAUUAAGUAACAAUAUUAUAAGGUCACAUUUUUUAAAAAUUAUACAUAUAUUAUUCUGUACAUUCUAUGCCCAGCAUAAAGAGUUUAGGCAGUUAUAGCAAUAAUAAAAUUAAAAAAUCAUAUUUUUAACGUUAAUCCUCUUGAGGUACGUCCAAGAGUUGACCAAUUAUUACGAAACUUCAUAAAAUUAAUUUGUUUACGAUUUUGAACAAAUAAUUCAGAAUAUUAUUCUGAAGACAGCCCGAUUAAAUUAAAAAGAAAAAAUAUAAGGAGUACCCUAAGGGACUAUCCUUCACAUGGUGAUUUUCCGCCUCAUGUAACAUGUCACUAAUUAUUAUCUCUUAAGUAUACAAUUUGAAAAACACCAGAAAAAAAAAUUUUUAUACUUUUAUGACCGUCAUCUCCCAGUCAAAAAAAAAAAAAAAACCAUUUCGUAUACUACACCUACACAAUUAUACUAAUCGUUCUGUCAUCGACGGUUACUCGUAUAAACAAUUUAUGUGUAAUAAAAAAAAAAUCCUUACGGUUAAUUGAAUUAUACGCAGUUAAUUGAAUAAUAUUUAGAUAGGCGAUUCCGGCUCACGCAUAUAAUAUGGUUGAAAAGAAUUUACGGACCAGACUUUUUUUUUUUUUUUUUUUUUUUGUUUUUGUGUGUAUGAAACGGGAUUUUUAAGUGCUUUCGGAAAAUAAACUAUUUUGUGUUCGAACGACCCUCGCAGCGGCUAUGGCGGAAAGAAUCGCAGGAGAGAGACCCGACAAACAUAAUAUAUGAGCGCGUAAAAAUACUCGGCUGUAUAUAAUUAUAUAAUGGAUCCGAUUUUAGUUUCCGUCAAGAUUUUUUUUUUUUUUUCAUACCUCACUCAUUAAUCGAGUAAAUAAACCCAUAUUAUAUACAAUUACUGUAUUAUUUAGGGCAUAAAAAAUUAUAGUAUUAUGUAAACUUUAAUAAUAUAAUAUCUCCGAAACGCGCGUAUACAGAGUGAUUUGUUCGUAUCCACGAUCUAGCGCGAUUAACAGCUGCUAUAUAUUGGAACGGUCCUUAUAUUGUAUAUGGAUAAAGGAAAAAAAUGUAUACGAUUUUAAUCUAGAACCCCGUUACUCUUCCCCGUUUUGUUCGUCAAUAUAUAUAUAUAAUGAGAGUUUUUUUAAAUUCGAUGACGAUUUGAUUGAUUUUUGAUUGAAAUUUGACGACGAUAGCUCAAUUCCUUCGCGUGUCGUAGGAGUUGAAAAAUGACCGAAAGGGGUGGUUCCUGACCGUUUUUCUAUUUUAAACAAAAAAAAAAUGUAGCAUUUGCAUGAAAAUUUGCCAAACCAUGAGUAUAGAACAUACAAUGAUUUAUACAAAAUAGCUUAACGGAAUUUCACAUAAAUUUAAAAAAAAAUAGUUUAAAUUAAAUUGACAAAUAUUUCAUUUAAAAAGAGAAUUUUAUUUACGAGAAACAAGACAUUUUUUUUAUUAACAAUUUGAUGUUCUAUAUUUAAAGUCCGGUACAUUUUUAUCUACAUACUACAUACAAUUUGUUAAUUAAAUAUAAAAAAUUAUACUGUGAACUAUCCUGUUUGGUCAUUUUUAAGCCUUUUAGAGGUAAGUGAAGAAUUUAAAGUAUCACCAAAUUUCACCAAAAUUACUUUCUUAUAUUGACGAGAAAAAUGCGGAAGAGAGGUAUUCGAUCAACAUUGAAUACAUUUUUUUUUUUUGAUCUAUGAAAUAAAAAUCACCUUAUACUUUUAUUUAAGUCCUCUUAAAAAAGAAAAAUCCUACAAAAACGUGUACGCGUACGUAUAUAGAAUAUUAAUACGUUCAUAUCAUUUUACAAUUAAACUGCAGUAGGUAUUUAAAUUUUAACAAUGUCUUAUGUAUUAUAUCACUAAUAACACUCCCGCCGGAAAACUUGGCUAAAAAUGUUUUGCUACCUACCCAACCAUUUACACGUAACUACUAAAUUAUAUUGCCAAUGCUCAACACCCUAAUGUCAUAAAUACGUCAUACACCCGGCUUUUUGCUACGUUUAAAAAAAAAAUAAAAUACACCAACUAAAAAUGAUUUGGCAUUGCGUUGUUUUGUGUACGCUAUGGUUUUAUAUAGUAUCGGGAUGAUCAAAUUGAAUAUUUAACUUAAAUUACAUAGCCAAACUGCACUUGGAUCAAAAAAGUCUUGGAUUAAACAAGUUUUGAAAACGUUAAUUUUCCUCGUGUUAAUGAAACGAGUGUUUGUAAAAUAUAACACCGGGAUUUCUUCCGUUGCAGUGUAUAGUGAUCAUGUCAAAUGACAAUUUAAUAAUGAAGGCCUAUAUUAUCGAAUGAUGGUAUUGAAAUGUUUGUAUCAGGACACAUAAAAAAAAGUAAUAUCAAUAAAUUUGAGGGAUUUCCUCUGUGGCUUAUAUUCAACUAUGCAAAUUUAUUCUAAUUUAGUUUUGUUUUCAUCAACUAACUUUCAAUUGAAUCAAGUUACUAUUUUUUUUAUUAAAAGUGUAAGUAAAAUAGAUUAGUAGUUAUUAGUACAUUUUUUUUUUUUUUUGUAAUAUUAUUUUAACUAAUUUUAACUUAAAAAUUGUCUAAUCUACCCAUGCUUGUCCGGUGUCCUUACUAUUUUAGUGCAAAAUGUUAGUCUUUUAAUGUAUGACUAACAUUUUGCAUAAACUAAUGUUAUACUAUAUUAAAGUAUAGAGCGUAUAUUGUACCUGUAUAUUAUUAUUAUGUAUUUCGACCAAAAGUACAAUUUUAAUCGAGACCCAGUAAAACCUAUUUUAUGUAAAAAGUUGAUUAAGCCCGAGGCUAUCUGUAUGACAACCACCGGUAAGUUUGUCAGUAUUCAUUCCGACCAUUACACGAUGAAACGCAAUAGCAUAUACAUGUAGAUGCAUAUAAUAUAUAUAUUUUUUAAAAGCAUCUGAUGGUGAAAACUGCAGAUGUACAUUAUACAUAAAUAAUUGAGUUAAUAAAUGGUAAAAUAAUAAUACACUGAAAGCGAAUGAACAAAACACGCGAAUGACAAAUGUAAAAAAAAAAAAAAAACCAUCACUUUAGAGUUAAGAGUGAAUACAUACUCUAUGUGACGGCACGAAGGAGAAAUAUUUGAAUCGCGUGAUUAACAGAAAAGUUUUUAAAAAAAACGGGUGAAUGGGUCGUGGGUACCUUGGUGUUCAGAAAUAUUACGAAAAUGAUUAUGUUAUUACAAAACAGAAGUCAUUAGAGGAAUUUAAAAAGGCGGAAAUUCGAUAAAUUGUAUUAAAGACCUCAAAAAUAACUUGGUUUUUAGAUUUUGGGGUAUUUUUGGUAAGGGUGGGUGUAAAAUUGGAUCGGUGAUUCAACCGUAAAAAUGGUUAAACAUUUUUAUAUCAAAAAAACAAAAAUAUGUUUAAAACUAUCGAACAGAAUAAACGCUAUUUCAAGUGUCCGAUCUCCGUGUUACAUACUGUAUGCAUAUAUAUAUAUAUAUAUCUAAGUACAUAAUUCACGAUUUCGAUUAACUAUUUACAAGCGUUUGUGUAUUAUUUAUUGUACGAAAUGUAAAACGAGAGGACAGCGCACGCCUACACCUACUACAUAUAGCUAUAUAAAUAAUUAUUUCGGCAGUAGAUUUUGUUUUCCCGGAAGGUGAUUUUUUUAAUUUAUUAUCAACACGUGUGUUAAUUCGGGAGUGCGUUUUUUUUUUUUUUUGAUUUCAAUGGAAUUUACGUGUAAAUCGCAAAAAAAUCGGAACCUAAUGAAAACUCAAAACAAAAAAAAAAAACAAAACAUCGUUUCUAUACAGGGUGUUCUACAGUGUUAUCCUUAUGCUAAUAAUUCUGUAAAUAUUCAUUUUUUUUUUUCAGUGGGGUUUUGUACGAGGGCGGCACAUGUGCAGAGAAAAAUACAAUUUUUAUUUUCAUCCCUCUUAGUUUCUGAAAAAAAAUUGUAUUUCAUCACUUUUUAAAAUUUUAAAAAUAGCCAUUUUGUAAAAGAUGUAAUUCUAUACAUUUUAAUGUAACAUCCAUUGAUAGCCGAUCAAUAGUUUCCUAGUAAUAGCCGUUUUAAUUUCUAAAAACUUUCUGAAAAAAAUUUCUGAAAACUAUUAACUUUCUACUUGAGAUUAACACGUGUUACGAGAUAUCACAAUCAGAAUGGUAAUUCCUUAUCUUUUAUUGAAUAUUAAUUGUUUUCACGUCUAUUUUAUAUACAUUAAAGCUAGGCUAUCACUAAGAAAAAAUUAAUCGGAUAUAAAUGUAUGUUACAUUAAAAUUCUUAGAAUAAUAUAUUUUUUACAAAAUAGCUAUUUUGAACAUUUUAAGGAGUGGAAAAAUAAAUAAUUUUUUUUCAGUGAUUAAGACAUGAAAAUAAAAUUUAAUUUUUCUAUAUAUGUGUCCCCCUCGCACAAAACCUGACUGGAAAAAAAAAUGAAUAUUAACAGAAUUAUUAGCAUAAAGAUAACCCUGCAGAAUAUUCUGUAUACAGAGUACGUAUAAACGCGAAAUGAGUAAAAAAAUAUACAUUCAAAAUUGUAAAAUUCGCUCAAAACGUACUUCGAAUUAUUUUGUAUGCAAAACGAAAUAAAUAUAAUAUUAUUAUGUUGAUCUGCGGACAUGAUAGAAAUUUAAAAAUUGAUUCUUAACUAUAAAUUCAUGAAACGAAUAUAAUAUUCCAAUCGAUAAUUACAUUAGCCAUAAAGAAAAGUAUUAUUUCAUAAUUUAUUAUAUUUAUUUAAAUAAUCUGAUGCGUUAGAGAUCAUAAAAUACACUGUUUUUUUUUUAAUUUUUUUAAAAAUACGCAGCCUCUAUGCGAUUUUUUUGUAAAAAACCCGUCGUAAUAAUAAUUAUAAUAAUAGAACGCGUGUCCGUCGAAUAUUCUAUUUAAAGAUCCACAUUAUUUUUAAAAUGACGUGCAGUUGUCAAAUACUGGUAAAUACUCACUAUGUUUACAAAUUGUAAUAGCAAUAUUAGAACUUCGUAUACAGAGUGAAUCAUUUAUCUAGAACCGUCGAUUUUCCUCGGAUUUUAAAUAAUUACCUAUGAUUUCUGUUGUUCAUUUGUUUUUUUUUUUAAAACUAUUUUGUAGGUACAGUCGUUUAAACUUGAUUUUACCGCUGUUUUUAAUUUGCUACCUCUACUACCCUAGAUGAUCAUAAACUUUUAAUUUUAAAAUAGAAACGUCCCAUCUCUUUUGAUCAUAGAUUUGAUUAGGGAUUAUAUGUCUAAAAAGGUCUGUAUGCAUAAUCUUAUAAAAUCGGAUUUACCGUUUAUUAACUAUAAUAAUUUAAACAUUAAAACGGAGUAUUGAGGGAUGGUUAACAAAAAUUUAAAAGUGGAUAUGAAAUUUAUUACCUUUCCUUGAAUUUGUAUUAAAAAAUAGGGAGAGAGUUUGUACUCAAAAUCCAUGAGUGUGAAUACUCGUUUAAGGUUAAAGGAGUAGGAGCAUACAGUAGCAUGCUGAAGUAAUUUUUUUUGUGAUACAUACUUCAUGACUAAAAUGUAUAGGUGUGUUAAUACCCUAAAUUUAAACCAAAUAUAUUGGUUAACUAGUUCAGAGGUCAGGGACGGGACACCCUUAGUUUUGGGUGUUAUUUUAUUGCGAUAAUUAUUACUUUCUUCAGUGUAUUCUAUUUUGUAAUAUUAAGGUCGACAAUGCAUCAAGAAAGACACGAGAACUAAACGUUGCUGCGUUGUGAAACCAAUAUUGGUAUUGAUAAUUAUGAAGCGUUGAAUAUCUUUGGGUAGACAUACAAACGAUUAAUACAAGUUUUAGUAUACAAAUAAAAGCCAAAUCAUAAUUAUCUAAACGGAACAGAAUAAUAACUAAAAAUAAAACCUAAAUCAAACUCACUUUUAACACCCUAUACGAGAAAAUCGCCAGUUCGUUAUGAAUUUAUCACCCUGUAUAUCGUCAAAAAUAAUACGAUGUGUGUUUAUUUACGUCCGGGUAAAGUUUUCUCGAGCCGAGCAUGACCGGAGAAAUUUUACCGGGGUUCAAUAUUAUCUUUUGUACCUAUAGCUGGCUGCAGGUACCUAUCGUACCCGCGGGUCCGAUAAUAAAUAUUUAUACGCGUUUUCUCUGUAUCCUCCGGUACUACACUGUCCUGAAUACUCUGUCCUGUUUUCCCAUUCUGUUUUGUCACCCCCCGCGGUCCAAACCCACAGGUAUUGUGCGCGACAAAAGCAGGUCAAACGAUAUUUCGGAAAAUCGUGCGCUCCUAGGAGAAAAGCUUAUAAAAAUUAGUACUAUAUUUUCAUUAAUUUAUGCAACUCCUUCUCAUUUUAUUUUAUUUUUACAAAUUUGAGUAUGAUACGUUUUCUUAUACAAUAAGAUACAACAAACACAUAAAUAACUAAGGCUGAUCAUUCAUAAGUUAAAAAGUUAUCGUUAAACUAAUUUUAACUUUAAACAUUUGAUUUAUUUUUUUACUAACCUUAAUUUUAAUUUAAUUUAUUUUUGAAUUAUAAACUUAAAAAAUAAAGAGUUGAAUUUGAAUUAAACUACAUUUGGUGAACAUUAAAGAAAAAAACAAAAUUCACAAUAUUCAACGUACAAUCUAUACACUAUUUGAAUAGAUACCUAGAACCAUAUUUAAAAUUAUUAUUUAUUUUGGUUUACGAAAUAUGUUAUGUGGAGUUCAGAGUUUAAAAUAAGUAACUGUAAUUUUGUAUUCCCGAAACAAUUCAAUCGUGUUCAAUCAUUAUUAAAAAAAUUAAUAAAUAAAUAAACUAACUUUAGGUAAAAUUAUUUUUUACUCUGACAAUGCCAAUUGUAAAAAUAAACAUUUUACUAAAGUUAAAAUUUCAAAAUAAAUUUCAAACUGGCUUUUGACUUUAAAAAUUUAAUUGAUACAAACUAUUUAUUAUUUUUCAAUUAAAUUAUUUUAAUUGAGUUAAUUUUUUUCACCAAAAUUGCCCAGCAUUGUAAAUAAUAUUAUGUUUAAAAUGUUUAUUAGACGAAAAUAUAACCACGUUUAUAAUAUGAAUUUCCAUCGAUUCAAAGGAACACAAAACAACAAAUAUCCGAAUGAAAUAUACACAUGUAUACAUUAUUUGAUGUAUUUAAUAUAUUAUUAUAAUUUAAAAUGUGUAAUUGAAAAAUUUAUCACGUAAUGAUAUGUUCGUAUUUAUGAACGACACUAUACGAUGGGCUUAUCAGUAAUAUCAUUAUUAUUAUAACGGAAGGCGCGAUCUAUCCGCAAGAAUGAGUAGUCCACACGUAAUAACGUAAAACUAUUUGCACUUAGACUUUAAUAAUCUUCCCCACCAAACAAAAUCGUUAAAAACAAUAAUAUUUACAACAAUUAUGAUGAAAUACAUACCUAGUUGUUCAAACACAUUUUUAUUUUUAUGUAAUACACAUUUAUUAAAUUUUUCGAAUAUUAUUUUUGUAGUAGGUUUAUAUAACAAAUUACAAUUAAUAAUAAUAUUACUAUAAUAAAUAAUUGUUCAAGUUAAAUAUUUAAUAUCGUAUUUUCUUCAUACAUUAUAAUGAUAAUAAAAACCACCACGAGUAAAAAUGAUUAUAAGAUUAGCCUGCAAUUCACGAGACCGAUUAUAUUCUUAGGGAUAAAAAGAAUAUAAUAUUUAUAAACCGAAAACUAUAAAGGUACACUAAAUUUAUUUAAAAAUAUUUAACUUUAAGUAUAUAUAUUUUAUAACUGUGCAUAUUAUAUUAUACAAGUGACGCGGAUUCUAGUGGGCGGUUCGUCAAAUUGAAAUUUAAAACGAUUUUUUGAUUAGAAAACAAAGAUCGUCGGUGAGCAGAGUUCCGUGACUAGAAUCGAAUUUUCUCCUCCUCUAUUUUAUUUUAGAAAUGUUCUUUGUAAAACAGUUAAUAACCGAAUCAUGUAAUAUUUUAAUACUAUAAACUACAUAUUAUGUGUCUACAUUAUUUCCAAAAUAAUCGUGAAAUUUUAGCAUAAAAAUGCAUAGGCGUGGUUGAAUCCCCGAAAAAGACAUUCCUUAUUGUGAUUAUAGUAAUUGCUAUCUUCCCAAUUUAAUCUGGGGGCUUAUAUAGGAACGUCCAAAUCUAACAUUAAUCUCAUCUAACAAAAUGAUGAUAUUCAUAUUGAGAAUAUUAAACAGACUUUUAUUAAUCCAAUCUGCCAUAAAACAAAUGUGAUACCCAAGUUUAAUCUCGUUAAGUUCGUUCAGAAGAGUCCCGGUCUAGAAGAAUCCAAAAUUUUAAAAGCUCACAAUUAGCGGAAAAAAUAUUGACACAAUGAAGAUUCAAAAUAAUUGCUAUCAUUUUUCGGGAAAAAUUCGACAAAAAAAAAAAAUUCACUAUUAUCCUAAUUUUAAAUAAAUUCGAAUUUAAAACAUAGUUUUUAUGUCAGAAAGCAAGAAAAAAACUGAACUAAAAAUAAAUUAACUUUGUAACGUUGCAGGAUAUCGCAUUUUUUUUUUUUAUAGAGAAAAAGAUUAUUAUAGAAUAUUUGAGCGCAUUUGGAAAAUUCGAAUGAAAUAUUAUUAAUUAUUAUGUAAUUUUACGGCACCUAUCGAAGGUAUUUUAAACAAAAGCGAAUAAAAGAAUCGUGUUUAAAUCAUUAAUCAAACGUCGACAUAUUUGUUUAAACACUAAUCAAACAUAAUACAAUAAUAAUAAUAAUAAUACUGUCGUAAGAUCUUACACACUAUAAUAUAUACAAUUGUAACGUGUGCCCGCGUUAAACACAAAAAAAAAUCCAUUUUUUAUACAGACUAUAUUUCGACACAUAAUUAAUGCAUUUUGCUUUGCUCGCGACCGGUUUCGCUGACUGUUUCUUGACCGUUCGUCGUUGUUCUGCGGCGGCCGUACCGAAUUUCUAAUUUCUUAAUAAUACUCUACCGUAACAACAUCGCAAAUCUUAUCAUACCUACACGGUAUCGUACAGUAUUAUAAACACGUUAACAAUAUGUAAAUAUAAACAGAAUAUAUUACAAUGACUGAUCGCGUUGUAUACUCUUAUAGAUAAUAAAGAAACGGACGGGCAUAUCGGAUUGUCACUUAUUAGUUCCCAGAGUUUUAAUAUAAGGGCACAAUUGUUUUCUUCCGCCGUAAAGACAUUGAUUUUUCCGGUUACCUAUCAAUUCAAAAUUAUAAUAAAAUUAACUGAUACGUUCCGACCAUGGACUUAUAAGUAAGGUCGUGCUAAAGUGGGGCAAAGGAGACAGUACUGCCAUAGGCCGUUGGAGUUGUUAUAAGUUUAUGAACGUCGAAUUUUAGACGGAUAUCAAGUUUACGCUCUAAACAUGAUGAUUUAUCUAGGGCGCCAACGAUAAUAAGGUCAGUACCUACCAGGACCUGAUUUAAUUGAAUACAUAAUGGUAGGCCUUAUGCAUAAUUUGGUGCAUUUUUAAAUAAAAAAAAAAAUUAAAACAUGCAAAAAUUUAAAAAAAAUGUAUCUUCAAACGUUAAAUGUUUUAUAAUAUCAUGAUUGAUUGCUAGUCGUGAUAAAUAAUUCAGUUUUUCUUGUAUUUAAUAAGAAAACAUUAAAGUGCAGAAAAUGAUACACAAUAUAAUUAAAUAAAAAACUAUGUUUAAACGCUCUUUUAUAGUAAUUAUAACCUAUUCAAUACUUAGUCGUCAAUUCACUAAAAAUAUCAUUAAAGAAUACACUUUUUUGUUUUCUAUAGAGUGAGAAGUGGGCCCAAAGAAUGUCAAAGCCUUGUGCUUGUGCAUCGCAUUUACAUGCGAAAAUCAGGGCCUGAUACCUACUGCUUAUUAUAAUUAAUUUUGACUUACAAUAGAUAGACCACACAUUAGUGACCACUAGGAUUAUUUUUUCAACGAUUAUUAAAAACAAUGUCUAUAACACUCCUUAAUAAUAAUUUAUUUAUUUAUAGCUAAAAAUGAUAAUGAUAAAGAUAACGUAUUCAUACAGGUUCAAAUUUAAACAAUUUUUCAAUAUUCAUAACUUAUAUUAAUUAUUAUCAACGAGUAUAAUACAAAUUGUAUAACACUCUUUUUGAAAAUCAAGCUAUUUGUCUGUUUCUCACACAUGUUAUGUAACCUCAACGUGUUAUAUACCAAUCGAGUGUUAUAUGUGGUCUAUCGAUUAUAAGUCUACGGUUUCCUUUAAUAUUAAAUAAGGUUGUUUUGACGUUGUUGAGUAUAGAACACAAAUAAUUUAAAAAUAAAAUAUAACUAUUAUUAUAUUCAGAAAAAUAUAACCACAAAAAUUACCCCAGAGAGUUAGAGGAAGAAAGCAUGAAAAAAAGCCACCAUUUGUACAGUACUGAUAUUAUAGAUGUGUUUCUUUAUUAUCUAUGGGUAGUAGGUAUAAAUAGUGAGACUGAUAAAAAAAAAAUCCUGUUACAGGUGUUGGAUGCACGAGAGCCAAUGCCAGUGGAUGCUGACCGUACCGGUUUUUGCGUCCAUAUUGACUAGCCUGCUAUUCCUGAUGAACGUCAUGCGAGUGCUGCUCACCAAAUUGCAUCGAAACUCCACGAACCCGGCGCCCAUUGGAGUCCGAAAAGCGGUCAGAGCCGCUCUCAUCCUGGUGCCGUUAUUUGGCAUACACUACAUACUCAUACCAUAUCGGCCAAAGCACAAAACUACCAUGGAAAUGAUUUAUCAGAUAUUCUCAGCAUUGUUGGUGUCCACUCAGGUUCGCGACUUUCUUUUAUUUCUUCUUAGGUUUAAAACGAUCGGUUUAGAAACACUGUCACUUGUAUUUUGUUUCUUUUACUUCUCUCUAUCUGCCACCACGCUUAUAUUUAACAGUUCAAUUACUUUAUUCAACUAUAUAUGUUUUGUAUUGAAUCACCUUUGCUAAAACCUGUCUCUGAGUCUUUUUCUUGUUAGCUUGUUUCCCAUUACUUUCCUUAUGAGUGAACACUAUAUUUAUCAUACUUGUCUUUCGAUUCCAACUUCUUUCUGAUUAAAAAUUUCAGUUCACUUGGCUUAUUAUACAGUUUCCGCAGUUUUUAUUUGUUUUUCUAUAGAUUUGUGACUUUACCAUGAUGAAAAUAUUACUCUAUUUUUCUUCGAAACGAAUAAUAACCUCCUUCGCGGUAUUGUGAUCGAAAAUACAGCAGUUUUUUAAUUGCGUCCCUGAACGCACUUUUUGUAAACCUUUGCAAACGGUGUAGGUACGGAUUUAAAGAAACCGCAUGCUAAUUUCGAUAUUCCAGAACAAUAAUUUGGAGACGAAACUUCGGGGCACGGAAUAUUAUCCUUUGGGGGCUCGGUUUGAUAUAUGUAAUAAUAUUGUAUGAUGUUUAAUAUAUGUAUUUUGCAGUCGGAUAAAUUGGACAGACUAGACGGGAGAAUAUUAUCGUAUAUUAUUAUACAAUAAAGCGUGCUACUUUAACAUUAUUAUUUUAUAUAUAUUCUAGACCUUAUAAUUAAAUAUAUUUUGUAUAGUAACAGAUGUUGUUUUGUCUCAUACAGGGUCUUUGCGUGUCUGUUCUCUUCUGUUUCGCUAACGUGGACGUGCACAUGGCUUUCCACAAAUACAUCCGAAGGAUUAAGAGGAGAGGUACCACGCAUACAAAUGUCACAGGCACUACGCAACCGAACCAGUCACAGAUAAGGGACGCGAACGUCUAA